UCUUUGCCUUUAUCCCCUCCGCGCUGCUGCUGCUGCUGAUGAGGAGGAGGAUGAGGAGGAUGAUGCUCUGCAGCUCUGAAUGAAUGCACAGUCAAUGGCCUGCUGCUGGACGGCUGCGUGAAGAGCGCGAUGGCUUUUUACAGUCUACAGCCUGGAAUAACUCUGAUUAUGGAAAUAUUUUAUUUGCUGUGGAUGGUGCCAUCGGUGUGGGCUGUGGAAGGUAAGCCGGCGCUGAACUCUGGUCUAGUCUCGGUGUGAAUGGAUGGAUAAGUGCAGACGGCACAGCUCCAUCAUUAAUGCAGAAACACUCACUAACAUAGAAAGAGAGUACAGGUUUACAGCACAGAGAGGAAACAGUGAAGAAGUGUUUCCAUGUAGCUCUGCUGAAGCUCACUGUGCUGUGAAAUGCUGAGGCUGCAGACAUGUUAGCAGGCUAGACAGGGACUAAUCUGAUAUUCCACCUUUAAUCUUGUAUUUUUUAAUCAUGAGAGCCUACUGGGAAAUGAUGAGCUAAUGUCGGUACUUUUCAUCAUUUUUAUUGGACCUGCGCGGCGUUUAUGCACACUUUGGGCUGCUGGUGAUCAGUGCAUACUAUGUCUCUCGGCAACAUGUGUGCAUGUACUAAUACACAGGCGAGCACUUUAUAGGUUAUGCAAAUAUUAUGGUGGAGCUCAUAAAGUGUGUUAGUGUAGAUCUGUGUGUAAGUUUGAGCUGACUGUGAACUGAUAAACCUGCAGGACUGUGCAGUGAAGAUAGCAGACACAUAGAGCAUCACAAGUAUUUAACAUUAUUCCUAAGAAGUUAUCCACCUAUGCUGCAGCUCAGCUGCUUUUCAAAGUUGUUUUAUGAUAUAUGCAUGAUAUAAAAAACAACUAUAAUCUUCUAGGUUUUUUAAGUGCUGACUUUCAACUUCACUGACCUGCUCUGAGUCAGUCAGUGCAGACUGAUGCUGGAGCAGCAGCACAAACCCAACAGUCUUUAUUCUCAUUUCUGUGCCUAAUCUAAAGAAAGGAACAUAUCUGGAUGAAUUUUGCAGGGAGUUUACUGAGAAAAUACAAUCAGUGAAUGAUUUCACGGAAUCAAAGCUGCAGUUACAUUGAAAUUGAGUUUGAACAUGUCCAGGGGUGUUUCCAGAGGGGUGAUCAGGGGUGGUAUAGGCCCCACUUUAAAAAAGAUCAGCUGCUUAAGGUGUCAGACCAUAACCCUGAGCUUUGAUUGGCUGUUUCCGUCAUCAGAGGCAGAAACUUAAGUUGAAAUUCACUGUUUGUGCUGUUCAACAGGCUGUUGGCAGCUUUCUUUUCAUAAAAAUUAAAACACACCAGUAGGUGAGGAAUUAGUCCAUGAGAAAUACACAAAAACUCCUACAUGCUUUAAAGUGAACAGGAUGAUAGGCAUGAAAGUGAAAAUGUGAAAGCCUUGAUAAUUUCAUGGGGAGCCAAAGGAGGUGAAAUAAGUGUUAAGUGGUUAACUAAUUCAUAUAAAAUUAACAUGUGUAACUGUCAGACAAAAAUCCACUGACUGAGACCAUUGCUGAGCUUUAUCAAACCUUGAAAUCUAUCUUGAUCACAGCUGCCCUUAAAAUACUAACUUUAAAUCUAUUUGUAAUUAGUUCUUGUGAAAAAUAAAAAACUGAUUAUUUCUCACAAUUCAUUUCAUGUCUCCAAUUUUAAGCAAAACUUAAGGGCUUGAUGAUCCUCGUUACAAUAAGGGUCUCGUGAGUAAGUCACAUGAUAAUUAGGCUUAUUAAAACAUUGGACAAUAAGUUGUUUUAAAUGUAUAUUUUUAUUAUUUUCAUGGAUAUUUCCUGAUAUUUUCACAUCAGCUCACCCAAUGCUUAAGGUGCUCCAUAGGGGAUAAAAACAAACAAACAAAUACCUAUCAAAUAAUGAGUAAAAAGUGUUUUUGAUCUUGUGUUCACAGUUUUAAAGACUUGAAUCCAUCACAUUUUUUGGGCAUGAGGCAUUCUGGUCACAAUAAGGGUCUCGUGAGUAAGUCACAUGAUAAUUAGGCUUAUUAAAACAUUGGACAAUAGGUUGUUUUAAAUGUAUAUUUUUAUUAUUUUCAUGGAUAUUUCCUGAUAUUUUCACAUCAGCUCACCCAAUGCUUAAGGUGCUCCAUAGGGGAUAAAAACAAAUAAACAAAUACCUAUCAAAUAAUGAGUAAAAAGUGUUUUUGAUCUUGUGUUCACAGUUUUAAAGACUUGAAUCCAUCACAUUUUUUGGGCAUGAGGCAUUCUGCUUUUGUGCUGCCAAAUUAACAGAAAAUAAUAGUUGCUCUUAGCUGUAUUAGAGAAGCUAAAACAGGAUUUUAAGACAUACCAGGCUCCCCUCCAAGACACUGUCUCGUAGACUGAGUAAACAUGCAGCUGUGAUUUUAGAUUUAAAUGUGUCUUAGCAUUUUAAAUUAGCUGCUACAUCCAUAAUUUGGAGGCAGAGUCACAGACGACCAGGAGCCUCAGGCCACUCAGUCUCUGCACUCACACCAGCUUUGGUUUAUUCACCCAAAAUUUCUGACUGCUGCAUGAGGAGACAUCACAUUUCACAGAUCAGAGACCGUUUGUGACACGGCACAGCGGGCACACAGAGCGUUAUUAUUAUCGAUGAUGAUGAUGAUGAUGAUGAUGAUGAUGAUGAUGAUGGAGGAUAUUGUUCCACUGAGCCUCGCAGGAGAGGCGCCUCUGUGCUUGUGGGUCACUCUCUGGAUUAGAUUGAAUAUUAGGAGGAUUAUUUUUAAAUCUCUGAAGCUGUAUUUAAGCACAAUGCGUUACCAAAAACCUUUUUCUAGGGAAGUCAGAUUUUAAAGGGGCAAUCCGCCUGUUUUACUAUUAAAGAUAUUUUCAUUUCUGAUGGUCCGAGAUCUGAGAUGCUUAUGUUUGACACGUCUCUGGGGCUGGGGUCUGACAUUUCUUACAUCUUCCACGGUGGGGACUUUUUAAAAUGCUGCUUAAUCCUUGUUAAUCAAGUUCUGGAAAUGCUGAUAUACCUGCGGUUUCCCAUGACUUAUGAUGGCAAGUAAAAUCUGUGGUGCAGUGAUGAAUAACAUCAGCCAUAAUAUUUUUUGCCACUCCAUACAGAGUGUAAAGAAAGCUGUUUCCAAUUGUCAGUCAUGGAAAUCCUCCACAAACACACAUACACGACGUUCUUCUGUUUACACAUUAUUUGGCAUGCUUGUGUGAGUGUUUUCAAGUGUUUCUGAAUCAUCUUGUGAAUUUGGUGUGGACAGGGUUUCUCUUAUUCAAACUGAAAGGAAUUGUUAUUAUUUUUUUUAAAUCGAGCAUGUCUCGUCAGUUCAGGCAGGACACUGAAAGUCAAGCUUAGCCUACUGUACAUCAGCUGAUCCUCAUGCCAGCCCAUAUCAGGUCACAGCUCAGCUGAUCACCGUCCUCACAUCCAAUUGGCAAAUAUCUAAAAUGGGUGUUAAUUCAAACUGCUUCAGCAUGCUCACUCUUUUUCCUCUGCAACCAGUUUGCAGCCCCCCUCCAUCCCUGCUCUUCUUCUUGCUUUGUCUGAUCUCAGCGGUCUCAGAUGUGUCGUCACUGACUCUUUGUUUGGGGUCUUUGCCGAUGCUCUCCCUGUUUUGGCUUUUCAUGUAAGCACAUGAAGCUGAGGGGAGGUGUGCUCUCCUCGCUGCAGGUUUUGGCAUUUUAUGUAAAAACAUGGGAGAGCAGAGAGUUCUGAUGAAAGGGCCGUAGAGCCAGAUAUAACUAAUGUAAUUAAUGGGCGACAGUGGUCCUGACAUAAAACUCUGUACACCUGUCGAUGCAGCCUACUAUGACAUCACCCUAAUGUGUAAUGGUGAUAUCAUCAGAGUAGCCAUGACUUAAUUGUCACGGUGUGCAUGUUAAGCACAGGCUAUGAAAUACAGGGAUGUAGUUUCUUUGGAUUCACUUGUUUCUGAAGCUUUAUCUUUUGAAGCCUAUUUACAGGAGAUGCUAUAGUGGAAAUGCUGACUCAACCUAACGUUUAGUAAUUCCAAUAAGAGACCUUACGCCUCCUCACAUACAGCUACAUUUUACGAGCCUGUAAUGGGGCGCUUACACCAAGCGCGAGUAAAAUCAUCUACUCGCUUCAUUCGCGUGUCAACGGUAAUUUCAACGGUAAUCCCUGCCAGUUAAACCAGCGGGAUCAAGUGAUAGACAAAGGUUUUUCACAAUUUACCAGGUAAUCUGAACUCCUCACCCAAUCGCCUCCAGAUGAGCUUUUUUAUUCUGGUUUCGGUAAUUGAAAGAAAAGGUAUAUGAAUCGGGGCACCGACAGGGUCCGUUUGUCCUCCAGUUUAGAUACCAUUGAACAACCGUCUGUUUUCAUACGUCACCUGGCGACCUUCGUGCUGAUUAGUCAUUGCGAUGCAAAUAUCCGCUCAUGUUGAGACAUUUUCAGCUCCCACCCAAUGUGCGUCAUCAGCAUCGCCAGGGUAGUAGGAACAUCUAAUCGCAUCUUUGCAUUGACUUAACAUGUAAUUCAUUUGCGCAGAUGAUUUUACUCGCGCUUGGUGUGUGGAGACAGUAAGUCAGCUGUACGUCUGAUUCGCCAAUCUCGUAACCUUGUAUGCUAUGUGAGAAAAAAGCUUUUAAGACCAAAACUGCUUUUUGAACCCAGCUGUAAGCAUUUUAUUAUGGGCCUUCUUUUCUUUAAAAUAAGUGUGUAUGUGGUUUUUUAGUGCUUCUGCAGUUAGCCUCAAGUGGACACUCGGUGAACUGCAGUUUCUUCAUUCCUAAUGGCCAGAGGUUGCAGUUUGGUGUUAAACAGGCCUGCAUGAUACGAGAUGCAAAUGAAACAUUCAGUGUUGCACAAUGAUGAAAAGUGUGUUUUGUAAAUAAAUGUGAGAUGCUUUUUAGUUAUGACCUAUAAUUUUACCCCCUGACGCCUUUCAUACAUCCACUAAAUUAAUACUAAUACAUUAUAUACUCAUUUUUAGCUCCAAAUUCACAAGUCUUUGAAUUGCAAAUGCUCAUCCUGCACCAACGCUAACAUUACAGCCUCUUUAUAUUUCACAGCACCAAACAGACUAAAUUCAGACUGCACAUAAACGAUCUCGAGCAGCGUGAGAAAAAGCCAUCAGGGCGUGAUUUUUUGAUGUGCAGCUUAUCUGUCGCUCUGAAAGUGACACACAUUAACCCUGUUUUAGAUCAGUGAACAUGCACACGAAUCAGAGUGGAAUAAUUGGAAAUCUGCAAAGACAUGAGGCAUCUCUGCCUUUUAUGCUGCAUCCAUAUACAGCUGAUCUUCACUUUAAAAAAAGGUAAUUAAAGAAAAUGAACAAAGCUUUGUUUAAAAUUAAAUCCCUAAACAACUGUUGGUGCUCGCACCUCCCUCAGUCAGUCUGGACGGUGAUCUGAGGCCGUUCACAGCUCCUCUCUCAGACUCGAAGCCUAAUUGUGUUUCUGCCUCCGGAGGACGGUCUGCUCGGCUGCUGAUGAUGACUCGCUGGAGGGCAGGGAAGUUUUCUCUAUCCUUCACUGCUCAUGAGUGUCAUUUGUCAGAGAUGCUGACAGUGUUGGUGCUGUUAAAUGUGCUCAUAUGCCUGAAAGUAUUUAUCAUAACAUCCCCCCAUCCUCUUUGCUGAUCUCUGCCCCUUUUUUCCUGAAAACACAAAUCUGCCUCUGGACAAAAAAAUGCUGGGUGUGCUCAUGCUUUUGGGAAGAAGUGUAGAGGUUUUUGAGGCAACAGCGUCAGUUUGUCUUUCCAUCACUUUUCAUCUCAUACAAAGAAAUGUCAGCGUAGAAACAGUUUUAUCCUGGUUUUGAUCCAACGCCCGUGAGACGGAUCACUCACCAUCAGCGUCUGACCUCUAAUGCUGUCGUGUGUGAACAGGAUCAAAUCUCUGCAGCAGAUUAAACCUGAAACAAAUGUCCUGACACUUUCACUCCUCGCCAUCAGACGGCCUGAACAAUAACCAAAAAAAACACAGUGGAAAAAAAGGCCAUAUCCUUGUCAUUUAUACACAGGCACACUUAGAACUAUAUUAGAUUUAACCAAAGAGUGAAAGCAAUAAACUCAGCAAGGUCAAGAAAUACAGGGACACAAAGAUCCCUGUCUGACAGACACAAACAGAGCAGUCCCCCCAGGACUGAGUGAUAUUAAAUAAAACUAGCAUUGUGAUGGUUUUCUUGUUACUGCUUUCCUUUAACUUUUACUCAACCUAAAGUGAUAAAAUGUAUUUUUUAAAAUGCUUAAGCUUUUUAAAUGCCAUAAAGAUUAGUUCUCUACAGAAAAGGCAGAAGUGGUGCAUAAUUGACUGUGAAUUAUAAUUAAUUCAUGUAAAUAAAUACUCGUAUUAAUCACUUGUUUCCAUACAGGGAUGGUUGUGUGGGUUUAAACUCUCUUAUUUACAUUAAAAAGGUUCUUUAUGUACAUUCAAGUGUUUAGAGAUAUUAAAAGAGGAAGACGAAAAGAGAGAAUACACUGGGAGAAAUAUCCCCUCUGUAAACAGAUCUUAUUUGAUAAAUCAAAUGAUGAAGUUAAAGCCCACUUGUUUUAUUUUUGCUCAUUAUAUUUUGAUGCAUUUUAUCCUAGACUCACCUGCUGGAACCUCCCAGAUGAUUUUGUUGGUGCAGUUGAUGGACAUGCCUGACACUCGUGCAUCUGAGCGGAGUGAAGGCUAUGAUCUGUUAGCAUGCAUGCCUAAUAAAAAUGGAGCUGUUCUGCAGUCAUCAUGUACGUCUCUCACAUCUGCCUGAAGCCUCUACAAUAGUGGGACCCAGUAGAUCCACCUCUGAGUGUCAGUAUAUUGCAGGGGGAGCAGGCAGUGUAGCCAUCACGAUCCCCGAUGCAGCGUAAAAGCCCACACUGGGAAACCAAUCCAGAGGUGUGUUGAUGGUGGAGCUUUGUAAUGUCAGUGCAGACUUACAGUAAGGGGCCCAUGAAUACCUGCUCAUAUAAAUUUCGAGUUGACUUGCUGACAUGUGAAAUCAGCCUUAUGUGACCCUCUCACAGUUUUUUGUUGUGGGUUCUGAAGCCAAGAAAUCAAACUCUCCCCUCGGCUCACUCCUCUGAAUCCUCCCUGCAGUACCACCCCCUCCAAAAAGCACCAAGUAUUAAACUUUUUUCCUCUCUCCUCCCCUUAGAGCCGACACAUUCAUCCAUGUCAGAUCCUCCACUCAGCAUCCAGUCGUCUUUUUCUGCCGGGCUUUCCCCUCCAUUCAUCCACACACUAAGUCUAUUUUUAACCUGACUGGGCUGGUUUGUAGCAGAGGAGCACAGAUGUUACGGGAGCUCUCCUUCUCACGCCUCCUCGCUGUCUCUCAGCUGGAGGUGUGCUCUGCAUAAUUGUCUUUUACCAGUCGGUGUUGUUGCUGCAGUGCACACUGUGUCGUCUGUUCAUGAGACACCCGGCACGGAAACAGAGCUGCGGCUGACUGAUGAUUAUUUCCCUCUCUACGGGGAGUCGUGUGAUGAGAUACAGAACAUGGAGCUGAGGGAAACUCCUCCAGGAGUGAUAUCAGAGCCUGAAUAAUUCAUGACGGUUUUAUUGUGGAGCCUGUUGUGAGGGCGGUGCUGCUCCUUUUUCCAAGUUAUUACUUUACACAGUCAUUUUUGUCGAAAAAUGUCAAACGCUUGCUUGCCCCGGCUUGUCAAAUGUCAGGAUUUGCUGGGGGAUAGGAUGAGAAAUUUGGGUUUGAAGCAUGCGCUUUAGGCUGAGGAUCAGAUGCAGUGAGGAUUCAGCUCUUUAGGCCCUGUUAACAUGCAGGGUUUCCCCUACAUGUAAUUGAUUGUGGCACACUGCCACAGCAAAAUAAAAGCCGCCCCACCUUAAAAAUUAGCUUCGUUUUUUGUAUGGCACUACCUCGGACUCUGUAUGUAUUAGUAUAUGCAGCACACAUGGGUGUUGUGAGUUGUCUGCAAACACACAGCAAAUUACCCCCAGCCUCCUGCUUCCCAAAUCCCUCACCACCACACAUACAUUCCUGUCCUGUGGGAAACAUUGACAUAUAUGUAUUCAUUUAUCUAUGCUGGCAUCAAAAUCUCAACUCGUGCAUAAAAAUUUAUGUGCAUUGUGCACCAUUGCUGCAGACUGCCAUUUCCUGUCUGCUCAGUAUUGUCAGAUAGAACUGCACAUGUAAAGGGGAACCUUUGCUCUGCUUCAUCAUUAUACUGCAGAGAGGAGGCAAACUAAAUAGCUUUAUUUCACCAGUUUUUACAAAGUCUAAACAAAACUUUUAACAGUUGGCAGUCACUCAAAAAGACACAGCAUACAUGCCCCCAGUUUUCGUCUCUGACAAUUGACGUGGCAGACUAAUGCACAUUUUUGCACAUUCAGCCAAGUGAGCAUUUCAUCUGUUUCACUUGGUGUGAACAAGAUGCUUCUGAAAAUGGAGGGAAAAAACAGUUUUUAAAAUAUCUGUUUAGGCGGGGAUACAACCUACUUUUUUAAUAAACUAUACCCUGUGCGUUACACAUUAUAGUCUCUGACUAUGGUGUAAUAACAAACGCUGUUCAUUGACCUUACUGCUAAAUGAAUUAUAGGCCAAACUUUAAAGGGAAGAGCCUCCAGAAUAUAUGUACUUGAUGGGCCACUCAGGUAUAUUUACAACCACCCAAGUACUUUUACUAACAAUUUAUACAUAUUUAUUUUUUACCUGUAGAUGAUUACCAUCACCUUUCAUAAACUCGUGUGCAGUGUGCUCUCACUUUGCAGUCGAUCAGAGAGGUCUAUUUUUCCAGCAUUUAUCAGAGCAUGUACUUUUCCAGUUGCACAGAACAAACUAUUUACAAACAUGUUCAGGUAUUUCAUUGCCAACAGCAUAAAAUGCACCAGAAAGACAAAGAAGAAAAAGGAAGAAGUGGUUAUUUUGCAUAAAAUCAUUUACAUUUGUUUGUUUUCACCUCAGGAGCUCUCUGUAAGUCAAAGAUAUUCUGUGACAAAAACUUUUAUCUUGACUGGGAUCCAGUUUAGUUCUUAAAGGGAAGGGUUUGAAGGGAAAGUUCUUAUUAAGUUUCAUUAUCAGGAGCGGCUUUUUGUAACAUUAAGCUUAAUAAAUGUGUGAAAAGGGCCUUUAGAGAAGUCAAUAUGAGCUGUGAAGAGUGAUGACACAUGACAAUCUGUUAGUCAGCUGACACCAACAAAGAGCCGUGAAGCAGGAGACAAUGUUUUGAGUCAGAAAUGAGACGGUCAAAUAUGGAUAAAAGUGUUUUGUACCAUUUUGAAAGGAUGGACAUUAUAAAAAAAAACUGAAUUUUUUCAAAAUUUGAGUUCAGCCUUUAAGCCCAGUGUUUGUCAUCGUCCUUAGGAGGCAACUCCUCUGACUGUUCCUGGUAAGAAGCCAGCCUGGCCUUGGUGCCCUUCGCUGACAUUUCUCUGCAUUCGCUGGUUAUCUAAGCCAAUCAAUAUUCAGCUCUGGAAUCGGCACAGUGCUCUUUAGCCUCUGGGAGCAGAGUGACAAAACAUGGAGCACUAAAACAGCUCCUGACCCAGAUCUCCAUUGGCCUCUGGUCGCUUCACCAAACUGAGAAUUCGAGCUUUGGAACAGAAAGAGUGUUAGCUUGGCAGAGAGGCAGACUGCGAGAGAGCAGCCAGUCCAUGAAAGGUCCCCAGUCAACAGAAUUAUACUCUAAUUCUGGACUAAUGUGUCCAAGUACCCAACCUUUGUGUCAACAUCUUAUCUGUUAUAGAUAAUAUUUUUAUAACUAAGAAAGCGACUGAGGAAGAGUUGGUGCGUAGACGUCAUGUGGACAGCUUGGUUUUUGUGCAGCAUUUCUCUGGAGCUUUUCCUUCUGUGAUUUUGCAAACCUGUGUAUCACAUUUGUGACAGACCGAUCAGAGUAACAAAACAGAGACAUGUAGUUGGUGUGCACCACUGAGGAGUAAACUACAAAACCUGAGUUCGAUCAGCAGCAGUCAUCAUGCCAAGAAAACGAUUACUGUGGCCAUAGAUAUUCUUGGUAAUAUUGUGCAGGUACACUAUGGACUUAUUUGUGUGGUGCAUAAAUUUCAAUAUCACAGUAGGACUGGGUGAUAAACUGAAAAUUUAUCGAUACCGAAAUUUACGACAAUACCAAAAAUGUCAUUUUGCCCAUAUAGGUAUAUUUUGUGUCAAGGAAAUAAAUAAAAGUUGGUUUUGGAUGUGUGUAGGUCAUAGACUGUAUAUACUAUGGACAACUUGGUUCCGCCCUUUGCCAGUAUACAGAUUUGAUAAUUCUGUGUUUUUUUCUCCACUUCCUGAAACCAACAUUGUGCUGUAGCGUUGUACGCACUCCACCACUUGCGCAGUAGCAUUGUAUGCAUUCGGCGGGAGAGUCGCUGAGAGUCGCUGUGAUGACGCUCGGCUGAAACAGCCAGUCUUACAGUAACGACAUGUCAACAUCACAAGCAGAGGGGAGAAAAACUUAUAUUCUGUGUAAUAAAUUUCUAAAGUUUGUCCACAGCUCCAUAGCUUUGCUGGCGGAGGCGAGAUUUAUGAUCUAUACUGCAGCCCAUCAACAGAGGGUGCUGUUCUUGGAGUGGCUUCACCCAGUGAGGAGCUGGAGGAUGGUUCAAAAGUUGUAGCGGCUGAAGUAGACAAAGUUAAUGUGGGAGAGGGUCAACAGCUUGUGGACUAGUUAUUGUCCAUUUAUUGUUAUUGAGGUGAACUGCUCAAUAUAUCAUGAUAUUGAUCUGAGGCCAUAUCGCCCAGCCCUAUAUCUAUAUAUCACAGUGUUGUCAGAAAUACAAUUUGUGAAACACCAUUGUGCACAUAAAAAAAAUUAUUGCAAGACUUAUCUGCCUUGCCCUCUCCCUUUUAUCUGUUUUUAAUGGCAAAUUGCAACCUAUUGAAGCAUUAAAUGCAAAAUUUGACAGCGAUUUUCAUCUGCCAAAAUAUUUGCUUGCCUGCUCUGUCUUUUUACUUCAGUUUUUCUAAUUAAAACCUUCAGACUUUGAGGGAAUUGCUCCUCCGUCUGUAAAACUUCCUCACAUGAGAUGUCACCACAAGGGUUCUCAUAAUGUGGCUCUUUUAUCUUGAGUUUAUUCAUUUGGACGUUUUAAAAAGCAGACACAAUGCUGAUGUUUCAUGUUGUAUUUGGUGAAUUUGAAUUAAUAACAAAGAGGUGUCAUUAUCUCUUGAUUACGUCUUUCUUUUUAAUUCUGCAGAGCUCAUUUCUGCUCUCAGAGGAUAAACCCUCCUUUAUUUUCACUUUGGUAUUUCAGAGUCGGAUUUCCUGCUGCUGCAUUAUUUGUAAAAGGAGCUUAUGAAUCCACAUGGAAGAAUUACAAACUAGCCGACUUGAGUCACACCACGUCCUUCUGGCAGACAUUACAUUCCCUCAGAGGUAAAAGGCUCGAGUACUUGAGUGCAUUUUCCCCAACAAGACACUUAGACUGUGAAAGCAGCGGAGCAGAAGUUUUAGUAAAGCAUUAAUCCACUGAAGCAUGUUGUCUUUCCUCAGGAGAUCAGAGUGAUUUAGUCCAUGUGACAUCUGCUCAAUCAGACUCUGCACCGACUGAGUUAGCAGCAGUCUGACGCCAUGACAGGAGAAAGACGCAGGAGUUACCUGCGGCUGACAGAAUGAGCCGAGCAGAGUGUCGACUUCACCUUUUUAAAGUCUGAACACUCCUGCUGCUUUAAUUUUCAUCACUGAGAGCUGACAGACAUCAUUAAUUUAACUCAGGAAAGAGGAAACAAAAAGAAAAGCAAAAGAGGGUUUUAUCAUUUAAAGAGAGUCACACAGAGCUGAGCUCUUUUUAUCCUGCAAGGUCUGAACUGUCAGAGUUUUUUUAGGCUAUGUCAGAACUCUGACUCUGUGUCUUUAUCGAGCCAACCAAGGAAUGAAGACAGAAAUAGAUAACAAUUAUUGCAUGCAUGGCUUUGUUUGAAUCCUGUUUGAGACAUCCUGUGGUUGAUGUCAGAAAUCACUUUUUUAAUCCCAAACUGUGUGCUUAAGAGUAAAAAAAGGAUUGGCCAAUAUUGGGCACUUUGCUGAUUAUCUGUAACAGCCUUCUGUGUGGAUUGAUAAAUUAAAAAUGUUAUAGGUGAUGGACGUAGUAUUGACGUCACCUAUUUGUUGGAUUUGAAAGCUUAUCUGUGGCUGUUGCCAUUUUGGAAAUACUGGCUCUGGCGAAAUUCUUGUCAACCUAUCAGAGGGCCUUUAGUCUGCAAACAGCUACAUUGUACCCACCUGUAAGUCAUGUUAGCUGUGUCUCUAAUUCGCUAGUUUAGCAACAUUAAAUAUCCUUAAAACAAACUCAUAACAGAUAAAUUCACUCCCCAUACUGUAUACUCUAAAUAAGUUUGCUCUCAAAAUGGGCUUAUUUGAAUGAGUGUGUGUUGUUUCUAGUGCUUCUGCAGACAGCCCCAAGUAGACACUUGAGGCACUGCAGUUUCUGUUUUUAGCAUUUCCUCACCAGCCUUAUUACUCAUGACCAGGAAGUAGUCUUGUUCCGUCUUUUCCUCUGAAUCUGUUUUCACUGCUGUUUCAAGUCUCAGUUUUGAUUAAAAAUUUGCCAAAGGCAUUUCAACAAAGCUUCGUGUUGGAGUUAAAAAUAUUCCAAAUUCUAAAUGUUGACAGAAAGUUUCUCACUUUUAUAGCUGAUUUAUAUCCAUCCUUGAUAUCAGCCCCCUGAACUACUAACAAUUGGUAUCAUAUUACCCCUCAAAAACAAAUAUCACUCUGCCAUUAUAUCAUUAUAUCUUAUCCUUUACAUGCAAAUUCAGCAUCUUACUGUUUCCUACUGCCAGCUCUUUAAUACUCUUGCACUGCUCAUCUAGAUAAUGUACAGGUGCAGAAAACACCUGCAGUUCUUCUAUGUUCACUUAGUUUUUUGUACUCCAAAUGUCGAAGGGUUUUGUUGAUGUGCUUUAAUAACUACGGACUAUUUCUGCUCAGAUUUGUAGCCUUGCAACCAUUUGCUUGUAUUAGGUGACACAAAUCUAAAUCCUUUUUAAAAACAAAACAUUAACCCAGAUUGUAGGAGCAGGGGAUGAGAAGACAUCCAGAGGUGUUUCAGCAGAGUACAUUUAUCAGAGCCAGAGUCUAAAGACAAAGAAGUGCAGUGAUUAUGCGGAAAGCAUGAAAAUGUCAGCGGAGUCUGCACAGCCUGCCACUGCCGACGGCAUGAGUAGCAUUAGCAGUUAAGCUACAACUAGCGACGCAGCCACCAGACCAAAGCAAUCAAUCGUAUCAUAUACAUCUAAAUCAUAUAAUGUUAAGAUUUUAAGGCAUCUUCAUUAUCUCUGAGGGGGCAAUUUGUUUAUUUUGGGUCUUGCAUACCUGCAAAAACACUCAGGACUGUAAAUUAAUUCUUUGUAUUACUUAGUAUUUAUCUAUAUUUGUUGUACUGUUGAGUUAAAAAGUUUAUCUUUUUCAAUUUGCUUUGUUAUUUACUUUGUAUGUUAAUAAAAUGUUGAACUGAUCUCUAGUGUCUUUAGUUUUUAGUACAGAUGCUUAAAAACGAUCAGUUUUAAAAAGAAAUCGUGAUAAUAAUCCAGAUCAGAUGAUAUGACAAAAUAUAUAAUGAUCUCUUUAUUUGCCAAAUCGCCCAGGCCUACAACAAAGGAUCUUGUCAAACAAAGGAAAAAGGUGUCAGGCUGUGCUGCAUGUCCUGGCUGUGGGAGGAGCUUCAGGUGAGCUUUUUAUACUCCAGCCACAGGUGCCACAGGGAGUCAAGGGUAACGUCAGAGAGAAAACAAAUGAUAAUUUUGCCCAUAACAACAUGCUCAAUCAUCUUGCAGGUGAUGUAUUUCUAACAAUUUUGAACAAUAUCCUGCAAAAAGAGCAAUAACAAGUUUUUGCAGUCUUGUGUUGCACUGGGGAAAAGCAGCUCUAAAAUUCCAGAGGGAAAUUCAGAGAACUUUUAAUUUACGGCUUUUGUAGAAGUCAUAAGUGAAUUAAUGAGUGCCAUUUCAUCCAAGAUGUGAGUCAGACACGUUAGGCAUAAAAAUCAGUAUUAAAAGUGACUCAUGCACAUUAUCAUGAGUAAGACUAAUUUUUCUCUGCAGUCAUUAUUUACAUGUUUUGUUUUUGUGAAUCUGUUAUUUGCGUGCAAAUUGUUUGUUUCCUCCUGCAGCAAAAGCUGAGGGCAAACCGGGGGAUUGAUUAAUUGUUCGAUUGUUGUGAUCAUUCACUAUUGGUCAAGAAUUGAUGACCUCCUCACUGCACAGUGAUCCAAAUAUGGAAAUGAGUAUUGAUAGCUGAAAACAUGAUUACACUGACCAGUAGCACAUAGUGAAUGAACACAUAGUGAAUGUUCAACAGUUCAAUAUCACAGAAUAAACAUCUGGCUGAUCUUUUGUUCCUCUGAGGGUCUGCAUGAGGGAAGCUCAUUAUACCUAAUACUUGAGGUAGGAUGUGGAUUACAUUGAUCUUCAUUAGUUUUGGUGAGUUUCUUGUAAGAUAUGCAUAAAAAAACCCAUCCGAACUCAAGACUAGUCACCAGAAAGUGACUCUGAACAUAUUUAGCUCCAUCAUUCAUCAGAAAAGUUUUAUUUUGGGUGUGGCAGAGCACAGAACUUGGUGAUCCCAUGAAUUUGUGGCUUGCCUCCUUUCUCUUCUGCUUGUUAACUUUUCUAUCGUGCUUCUCUGUAAAUCUACUGUAUGCAGCUUCAAUCUGUGGAGCAGCUGAUUGCAUCCAGGCCAGCAGGCAGCCUAAGGCGCAGACGCUACAGUAUCUGUUCAAAUGUGCAGGAGAGGAGAGAAGAGCACAGCGAGCUCUCAUUACUCUCACUGCCAUACCUUAUACUCUGAGCUCACUGCCAUCUGCUGAAACUGUCAGAGGAAAAUAAUAUUUGUUUACUUAUCAACAAACUCUAAACCUCAGGAGAAGGAAGACCAGGCCUUUUUACAUUUGUACAAAGGCCUACUGAAAUAUUUCUGCUGGAUGAAUCACUAUCAAAAACUUCUGGGGGUUGCAUUAAAUAGUCAGUCAUGCUGUGAUUGAAUUUAUGAAUAAUUUGAUGUAGAUGACUCAGGGGACUCUGAUGACUAAUGUUGAAAUACUUAAAACAGAAAUGACAGGCAGUGGGGUUCAUGCAAUACCAAGCCAGAUUUGUCAGGCCAUCCCUCUCGCUUCUUUGGGUGGAGUUAAUGCAGACCGAAUAAAUCUUAGUUGCUGGCUAUGAUGCGUAAAGUCUAUCACACCUCUGAUUCUGCCAAAUUGGAUAUAAUAUUAGUCUUGAUACAGUCAAAAUGAGAGAGUUAAGAAAAAAUAUCUUCCUGUGCAGUUGUAAGGACAAAAGGAAUAAGCUAUGGAAACCAAAACAUUAAUACUGGGCUGUGAACAUGCAGUAGUUUACUUCUCUCCUUUAAAUAGUCUGAGUGAGUUUUGAUAGUUGAAAUAAAGAAACGUUUUAAACUUUGUAAAAAAGGUUGUUUUGCUGUUGCCUCUUGAAGCACGUCAUACAGAAAUACAUUAUUCUUCUAUUAAAAAAAACAAUGCCUCUUACACCUGUUUUUUUUUUCAAAACCAGUUUUUACGCUCUGAGUCUACUCAAAUGGUUUAUUCCAGUUUGCCUCUGGUGUUUGGUGCAGUCAUCAAUGGACGAACAGCUCGAUCAGGAUAAAAAUGCUUCAUCUGACACCUCUUUCAGAUGACACCGGUCUGAUCUGGCCCAUUGAGAAAGACAUAUCUGUUUCGGCUCUGGUUAAUCGGAUCACUGCCCAUGUAAACACUCGAUCUGAUUGUUUCGUCCUUGGGGUAAAAUUAUUCUCACUUUGAACGUCUGGCCUGUGUGUCCUGAUGAGAAUGUCCUCCUGUACUCUCCACAUAUGGGCCUUUUGUUUGCUAUCAAUUGGCCUGAACUGGCUCGCCUCAUUGGUCAUUUGUUGCCUAUAAUGAGGAGUUUUUUGAACCCCAACAGCUUCCAACAAGAGCUUUCCACUCAACAGUAAGUCACUGUUUCAUCAGAGAGGACAAACGUGACAUAAUGAGGGAGAAAAGCUGUCAAAAACACGCGCUCAGUUAAUGUGCGUAUAUAUCCCGCUGUGCCUUGGGCAGCAAAUUGUGAUAGACAGUGAAUGGAGGCAAACUUCCAACUGCAAGGUGACUUUCAGUGAGUACACUCCAUCCCCCUGCAGGAAAAGUGUCUGCAGUUGAAGUUGCUGCUUCUUUGAAGGAAUAGCAGACACAAAACUAUUCUGCACAUUACAUAAUGCCGGUCAGUUAAGGAGAAAUAAACAAGAAAAUACAUGGAAACAUAGGAGGUAGCAGUGAUCUCUUUAUAUAGCUCCAUGCAAAUUUGACAGCAUUUACAUGCACACCAUAAUCUGAUUUAAGUCCAUACUGGUUUUUGCACAACUCCAAAUAAAAUGUUUCUGAAUGUUGAGCUGAACCACCAAAGUACCAAUACUGUGUCCAAAAAAUCUUAUAUCCAUAUCUUGUUGUUUUCUUUGGCAGUUAUAUGUCAUUAAUUUGAUGCACAGCACAGGAAACAGCAAGCAGGUCAUGUCACAUUGUUAUUAUUUAACAAUCAGAUUGUUUUUCUUUUUAGCAGAUCUACAAUAUCCAUCAUGUUUUGAUAUUUUAUGAUUUUGAUUAGUAGAUUUGUCUUGUUCUCACCCCGGAUGCAAACUUUAAACAUGUUUCCUCAUGUCCAAUCAAACAAACAAUUUCUUGCAAAUUAAAGGUAUAGGCUGAACUAAAAGAAGGUUUGCUGAGGUUUUCUCUGACUAAGAACUAUUUGAUCAUAACAAAUAUCUCUGGGCCUGUAGUUCUGACUGUCCUGGUCAUGAGAUGCCCAUCCUCCACACCAGCAGGACCAUGAAUCAGUACUGCAGGUUUCCAGAAAGCAGAGGUCAGUUUGGAGCUGCUGCAGCUUGUUUCAGACAGAAGAUAAACUGGGGGCUGCAAAAAAGGGGCCAUUUCCACAAAUUUGAGGUUUUUUUGGAGUGUGAGUCAUGGAAACUACUCCAGGGGAUUGACACAGAUAUUUGGAAUGAGUUCCCUCGGCAGUGUGUCAGAGAUCACACUCAGACAUCCUAGAAAGCUGCGAGUCGAAUAAUCCUUUCCUCCGAAAGGCACAAGUUGAUAUAGCUGGAAAUGCGAAUGCUUCAGAGGACCAAAAAAUAUGACGGGCAAAGCCCCAGGAUUUCUGGAAUAUAUUGUGACACAGCUGUUGGCAGCUGCGUCCCUGACCUUUUUAGAAACACCCGAGGAUCUGCUCUGUCUGAAGCUUCUAAUAUUCCUGACAUUUAAAAAGUACAUUGUGGUCAAGAGAAAGAGCACGAUGUUGCAAAAGAGUUGGAGCCAUGUUUUAUAAACUUUAUUUGCUAAAAAAAAUACUCUUAUAUCUCUUUGAGAAUGUGCAGGUUUACAUCACCAGCCUGUAAACCUGCACAUUCAGGGCUGCUGUCACAGGUAACCUCGCCUGGAUGCUGGAGGCAGGAGUUCAGUUUCAUCAGCAGAGUGUGUUUAUCUUUGAGUAUCAGCUGCGUCUCAUCCCUGCUCUAGUUAAAGGGCUAGUCCGUGAAAUAAAGUUUAAAACUAUAAACAGAACCAUCACAUGCACAAAACUGAAAUUGUCCAGAUCUGUUUGUACGUCUUGAGUUUAAAGAUUGUGUACAGACAAAGCAGACAUUUUAACACCAUUAAAACUGGAUUAAAAGGGGUCCAUUUAGACGGUUUCAAGAAGCAAGUCCAAAGGGUACAGAUCUGCAAUAUUGACAAUAACCAAUUACAAAAUAAUUUGCCAAAUUAUUGAUUUGUUGUACGUAGUAACAUCAGUUAAUAUCAGCUGGGUCAUCCUGUAUUUCUAACCUUAUUGAUUUUUCCCCAGUUGGACGGUCCAUGUCCCAUAUAUUGAUCUCUGCAAUCGCUAGAUGACGUUUUACUCAUCCUAGAUCAGAUCUGACACAGUGACCCAGGAUACAAUCAUCCAUGGGCGAUUGACUAAAUUUCAAUUUCAAUGUUGGCUCCCCAUGAUCAUUUAAAUAUGAUCACCCAGACUGAACGAUUAGCAUGCUGCCUGCCGUGUUGACCCUGUUACUAUGAGUUAAAUAAAGCUCACUCUUAGUUUGGGUGCACAAAGAAGUUGAGGCUGCUGCUAAGAAUAAUAGUGAACUGCUGGAUCUUCAACAUGUUGUGCAACAGGUAUUAACUAUCAGGCAGCCACAGGUAGAGACAGGAGGGCAGGUAGAGGAGCAGGAGGAGGAGAGAGGAGAGCAGGAGGAGGCAGGUGUUUGUGUCUUGGUGUGUCUGAGGAGCUAAGGGAUGGAAAUGAAAAUGACAAAAGAGAGGCUGUAGUGAUCACAAGUGUGCACGAGCCAUACUGGGCUAACGGCUGCCAGGUGAAAAAGUGAGAUAAUUAGUUUUCAUAGUAUCAUUUCACACUUGAACAUACCUGAUACAGAGCCGGUAUGGCUCUUGAGCUUUUAUUUUUGGUUUAUUUUUUGUUGAGAUUUGUGUGCAGUUUGCAGGAAAAAUCAAUGAGCCCUCUGUUUUCAACAUUUCUUGCACAUAGGAUGAAGGUGAGAUGCACAUUAGCAGCAUUGCCUUUGUCGCAUAAAAAGCCAUUAAUCACAGUUGUAAUACUUCUUCUAAUAUGAUUACAAUGCUCUGUAAACAAGAGGGAGCUAGAUUAUAAAGAUACAGCACAAAAACAUGAGCUAAUCUCUGCACAAGUGGUACAAAUCCAAGAACUACUCAAAUUCCUCGACUGAUUGGCAGAAAACUGUUCGGCUUUUGUUGGAACAUGAGAAUAAGAGGCCAGAGAAGGAGGUGGUGUCAGUGUCUGGUUAUAAAAAGGUAAUGAAGUAUAAAAUCUGGUUUUAAAAGCGGCAUGUCGGGCAGUUUAGUUUAACAUAAAACCAAGUAAAUUUCGCUGAUGUAUCCCAGUGGGUUUAAUCCAGCGCGGCAUACAGAGUGUGGCGCAGCCUGCAAGGAUUAUGUGUGCUGGACUUGGCCCACUCUCUCCUCCUCUUUGCCCUACUUUUCAUUGAAUCCUGCAGAGAAAAGCAGAACAAGAGCUCUCUCUAUAUAUAUACCGCAGGAACGUAGGGACAGAUGGAGCCGGUGGGAAGGGGAGGGAGCCAUUAUUGACAGAGAAAGACAGAGUGAUGAGAACACAUCCAACAUACUGAAAUAUUCAUCCAAUCCCUCAAUAAAAAUAAUUCAUAGACAUUAUUAAGCCAAGUAAGAGUCAUUGAGAGCACAGAGCUCCAGCUUUAUUUUCAGCAGGAUGUCAUUAGUAUUAAUAUUAAGUAGCUCCUCAUGUUGAGCGACUUCCUGCAACAUAUUGUGUCCCCUAUAAGUUCUUCUUAAACUGUAGGAGCUGAGGAGCUGACAUGACAAAUGUCUAGUCACGAAAGGAGGGCAACAUAUACUAAUGCACCCCCGCCCUCGCCAGCCCACUCUGUCCCCAUUUCUGUGCUCCAGCUCCCAUCAGCAGCGGCAGUAGUUCCAGCCAGUGCAAGCCCGCCUGCAUUUUAGCUACACAACUGCAGCGCUGCUCUUCGUUAUUCGCAAAUAUAUUAGCUCCUCGCCCUCUGUCUAACCUGUGUGAGCAUGAAUUACUAAGUUGUUUUUGCAGUUUUGAAUGAGGGGUGCAAGAAAAUAUUGAUGCACUUUAGUUUUGAUAUAUAUACUGACAUAAAUGACAUCAACAGUUUGAAGAAAAAUGCAGAACUCAUUGUUCCCGGUACAAAAAAAAAAAAAGAAUAGUAGAACUGUAAGACCUCAUGGUAUAUGUGGUUAUUGUUUAACAUAUUCAGUAAGAUUUUGAUUUCCCCAUAGAGAAUCUUUCCCAGACUGCAUUUCUGCUUACAUUGCUCUCUCCUUGGCGGCAAUGGUAAAACUCCUGCAAGACAAACUACAUGCACAACUUAAAUAUUGCAUUUUCCACUCACUGCACAUGUUCUACAUAUUGCACAUCAAUUAUUAGUUGUGAUAAAAAUAAAGGGCACCCUGCAACAUUUGUAUAUUCCUUGUAGCCUGAGAAAAGUAUCCAUACAUGGUGCCUUUUUCUUAAAUGACAUAAAAAUAUGCAGUUACAAUUCUGAAUAAUCCAAUAUUUACAGUGAUGCUGAGCUGUAAUCCCUCCAUCAUGCUAUACACUAUGUUGUAUUAGACAAUACCUCCCACAUACAAAGCUGUCAGUUGUAACACCUGCAAACCCCCCCCACCAAACAAACAUAAAUGCAAAGUGAAAAUGAUGUUUACAUCUGUGUGAUUUUACUUUUAUCUUAAAAAUAGUGUCUCUUUGUGCAGACUGCAACACAGAUCCUACACUUACGGAUGUCUCCAUUGACCAGUGAUAAACAUCUGAUCAGUAAGCCAACAUCAGUGCAGACUUACUGUUGGAAGGUCUACCAGCCCACUCUCACUCAACGCCCCAAAGUUGAAGGGCUGCUGGCAAAAAUUGUGUUAUCAUAAAACUAACGCAUCUGAACUCUUCUACAUUUUGCAUCAAUAACAAGCUGCAGAUCCAUCAUUUCAUUCAGACUUUUCAAGCUGUUGGGAAUUUGCAUUUUAUUUAAUUAUUAUAUGGAGUGCUGUAUAGCUUGGCAAAUAUUAGCUCCUUAAUACUCAUUUACUUGUGAUCAUUACAGCCUCUCUAUCGUCCUGCUCUGUCCCUUGACUUUGCAGACACACACUUAUGCACACUCACCUGCCUCCCCUUGCUCCUCUUCUUGCUCUCCUCUCUCCACUUGUGGUUGUGUGAUAGUUUUAGGCUGCUGUUGCACAAUGUACUGUGGAUACAGUAGUCUAUAAUUAAAUCUGCAACUUCUUCACUCAUCCAAACUUUGUUGCACACUGAUGAUAAAGUAAAGAUGAGAGCUGUAUGAGGCAGGGGAGUGUCAAUGCCGGCCUUUGAGUUUACAAAAAUAAGUUGUUACCUUUACCUUAUUAAUAUGAGAAAUAUUGUACAUAGAGCAGCCUGACUAUGAUGAUCAGUGAGAAGGGAGGUGGUUCUGGGAUACCACCUUCCUUGUCUAACUUGGUGAACAGCUGUGAAGAGAGGUUCCCAUUUGAUAGCCCUGUUGAUGGAUUGGCUCUAUUUCCACAAUGGGGUUGGAGUAAUGGAGUCGGUGGCAUCAAUAUUAUCAAUACCUGGAGUUUGCAGAAAUGGCGUCUCGGUCUGUUGAAGGUGGUGAUGCUGUUUGGGUUGUGUGGUCAAUGAUGUUUGUUUUUCACACAUGUACUGCGUGUAUAUGUUAAAUGCGCAGUAUACCAGGACUUAUUCUGCAGAUCAGCCUGUGAGAAAUCCAAUCAACCAUGGUGUGAAGAUUAGAUAUGAAGGCUAAACGUGUUUUUUUUUUUCAAGGUUAGUUGGAUAUUCAAGUCCUCAUUGUGUCAGUUUCUCCACCACCCAAGGGAAAGAUCUGUCCCUCCACUGCCUAACACUUCAAUAUGUUCACCAUUGAGUCUUUAACUGUUUCUGUCUGCUGUUUGCGGCUGAUUAGUCAGUGUACAGUGGGUUAAUUAGAGCUGUUUCACUGUAAGAAUCCUCUUUAAUGAGGAAGAUGAGACUUCUGUAUGGCCGCCGCAGCACAGAGACACAUUCAGAUCUGCGCUCUUUUCUGUCCCUCCUUGUUCCUUCUUGGCUGAGUCUGUGGGAAUUGGUUUCGGGUCAGUGCUCAUGGCCUCUUUAUUCCUGUUUAGCGGUGGCUCUGACACCUGGCUCGCCGUUCCCUCCCAGCUCCUCAUUAAUCGCUGCUGAUACUAACAGGAAGCGAGCAGCCGGAAAAAUGGGCCAUUUAGAUGCAACAGUGGAUGCUAGCAUUUCAGGCUGACUCUCAAAACCAACAUAGACUGGAUAGUAAUAGUAAUAUAUCAAACGACUAUAAUCUUUGUAAAGGCUUGCAUUUGUAAUAAAUGCUCCAAAAUUCACAUGUUGCAGUUCUGUUUGGUGUAUCAAUACUGUCUAAUUUAAUUCCUCUAAAUAGAAAAAAAACAUGUCAUGUACGGUGAUAGUUGUGCAGCAGGCUGUAAAACAGACUAGAUCCAGUCAGCCAGCUUGGUUCAGAGGCUGCAGGAGUAUGGUGCAGACUGAGGGUUAAAAUUAAGAGCUAGAGGUCAGCUGAGGCUGUCUAUUGUUGACUAAGCCCACUCUUGUGGUUGGUAACCUGCGGGCUGACAUGCUGAUGUUAAGCAGACUUUUCACUUCAGGAUAUUUAGAGUUUUAGAGUUUAACCUUAUAACCCACCUAACUGGUGGUAAAAAAAGGCUAGUUAUUAUCUUACACUGCUGGUUACUCGCACACCAAGGUUAACAACCCACAGACUUGUUUUUUGUUCUGGUUUGGUGAUUAACAGGCUGAGGUUAGAAAGCUCCUGCCUCAGAUGCUGGCUGUGGACCUAUUCAUGUGUUUGUGGAUAGGCAUCAAAUCUGCUGUGAAAUCCAGUAGGUCCCAGGAAGUAAUGUGACAGUCACAUUAAUAGACUGUGUAGUAAAUUUUAUGAAAAAUUUGAGUUGGCAGCCAUCAGAGAUCAAUGUGGCUACAUUUUUUUAACUAAACCUAAAGAAAGAGAUGAAGUGAAAGAUAAUUUAUUUUGCAAAAUAUUUUUUUAAAGGGGGGGAAGACAACCUCCAGGGACAAGCACAUCAACACUGAGCAUCGAAUCAGCCAAAAUGCAGAACCUUUGACUGUCAGUGGCUUGAAUCAACAGCGUUAACUCUGACGGCUGUUGCGGCAGGGCUGCCAUCCUCCUCUUCACCUAAAACAGCAGAGCUAGACUUUAGAGCAAGUCCUGUCAGUAAAAAAUCAUAAUCCAGCGAUAAAAGCAACAGUUUGAGGCAUUCAAGAUUGGUCAGCAAAAGGAAGAUGAAACAAGAGUAAAUAAACAGUAACUCAUCACAAUGUGUUUAAAUGUCACACCCAGAAAAAAAGAAAAAUGUUUUUUGGUGAAAAACCUGAAUAAAAUCAAGUUUUUGGAAGAAUUAAUAAUGACAGAAAAGAUUCAAAAGCAAUAUCUGGAAUCUUAACUGCAGACUUUUCUGACAGCAGACCCGAAUCAUCAAGAUAAAGGUAUCAGUGUCAAUAAAAAUGGACCAUCUCCUUCUCUAUAUGUAGAUAUUUAUGAACAUAUUCUUUUCUUUGUGCUUGACCUCCCAUCCACACGUAAACAGAGUUUUGCUACAGGCUAAACUACUUAUUUCAGGAUUUCUAAAUAUAUCCAUCCAUGCAUCUAUCUAUCUAUCCAGCCUGCCAGCUUUCUCUCUGUUUUCUCCCACUUAUGUGAGGCCAGCUCAUGGUGGCAGCAGGCUGAGCAGGUUGACCCAGACAUCCCUCUCCUCAGCAACACUUUCAAGCUCCUCUUGGGGCAUCUGAAGGCGUUGGAGCUUGAAACAAAAGGUGAGGGUCGGCUGGUAAAUUGAAAGCUUCGCCUUAAGCUACAGAUCCCGCUGCAUCAUGCAGGCUAUAUCCAAGCCUGCACUGCCACUGAUGCUGCAACAAUCCAUCUGCCUUUCUCAUGAUCUGGUUUACCCUCACUGGUUUGAAAGAUACUUGCAGACUCUCUUCAAACCUGCUGGAGUUCACUUUUAACCCUGUUUGUGUUGUGUGAAACAGGCUGUGUCCACAUUUGGUUGUCAUGGUUUUCUGCACAACUAAACAACCAGUUGAUAAGUAAAAGUUUUUGUGAUCAGUCAGUACAAGAAGACUCCUCUUUUGCUUUAUUUAAGUGUUCUGGUCAGUUUCAGCAGGUCACACUGAGCCCAAAAGAUGCACGAGAAGUUUAGAGACUCCAAAUAUCAGCUGAAUGUUCCUCUCAGCAAAUGCACCUCCACUGAAUGUCUGGAAAGUUAUGACUUAAAGAAUAGAGAAAUGGUUAUUACGGACUAAAAUGAACUAGCUCAUAUACGCUGUAUUUUAAUCUGGUGUUGUUCCGCCGAAUGAGGACAGUCUGCUGUCAUAGACUCCUGAUGUUUCCAUCUUGCAGCUCUUCUGUAUCUUUAACAUGUGUCUCUGGACUCUGGACAAGGUUAAAUGAGGAUAAUUUAAGGACUCUCUCAGACAGCCCCUCCUUGGGGCAUUCAUGGUGUUGCACUCAAUUAUACACACCAAAUGUGACAGAAAAGGAGAAAAAAAAAAACAGGCCAAAGAGUGCUCAGAGUCUGCCCCAGUUUGAACUCCAGAAAGAGGGGCGGAGGAGGAAGAAAGUUCAGCGCUCACAGGAUUUAACAUGUCAGAUAUUAGACAUUAGAAAUAAUGGAUAUGACUGCAUUCACAUAUAAAAAAAAGUUUUAAUCUCUAAAACAGUAUUAGGUUUUCAGGCAUUGAAGACAGAUUAACAGAAAAGGAGGUCUGCUGCAGGAAAUGUGAAUUUGUUAGUUGACACAUUUAGAUUGUUAACUUAAAGUAGCGUUUCAUUUCAACAUUGGAGCUGAUCCCUUUUCAUGGAGGCCGCCAUCUUGCACUGCAACAUUUGUAGGCAUACAAACUUGCAACAUGUGCUUUUUUGUGUGUAAUGAAUGGUUACACAAUAUGCAUCAGCUUAGGGCUGGGCGAUAAACCAAAAAUUUACUGAUACAGAAAUUUACGACAAUAACUGACGUCAUUUUGCUCAUAAUAUAUUUGGUGUCAAAAAAAAAAAUGAAUACAAGUUUUCUUUGGAUGGUUGUAGGUAGGCUAUGGGCUCAUAUCCCUUUAAGACACUAUCCUACCUUGGAGACAUGACUUCACUCUAUCCAGUCCAUAACAAAGAGGGAAAGAAAGGUGAGGAGAUGAAGGACGGUUCAAAAGUUGUAGCGGCAGGUGCAGUCUGCUCAAUAUAUUAUGAUAUUGAUUUGAGGCUAUAUCCCCCAGCCCUAAAUCAGCUGAAAGAUGAUGAAGGAAGCAGUUGUUGUGCACAAAGAAUUUGCAUUGAUUGUCGUUUUGACUGUAUAAACUUGACAAAUUGAGGAUUACACUUUAUAGACUGUUUAUUUUAAUCAGUCUGCAGUUUUGUGCUGAGUAACUGUGUGUGAAAAAUUGAGAUUUUAACAAAUGAUUUGCUGAUAAAUCCUGUGACUAAAAUGAGAGAAAGUUGUUUCUUGGCUGAAGACUGACAAAGCUGCUGAUUUAUGUUGCUGUUGAUUGACAGGGUGAUUGAAUAAAAGCUGCAUUGUUGACUUAUUUUGGAGAUUUCAUCACCCUUAUUAAUAUUCUGCAGCGACACACAUUUAAUGUCAGCAAUGAUUGCUGCCUGGUUUAUAAAAAAUGCUGCAGCGCUUUUCCAGCAGAGGGGAAAACAGCAGGUUUGGAUGUUUCUAAUAAAUUCCUUCUGCUCUGUUUGCAAGCUAACUGCUGCUUUUAUGCGCAAACUCAUUGAAUCAGGCAAAUUGCAUGUGAUUGUGUGUGCAGUGGUGUUUGCAAAGAAGUGAAUCAUUAAGGCAGACAAUGAAACUAAACUGCAGAGAGACAAUUAUCUCUUAAAUCCUUAUUUUUUAGAGUGCUGAAAAACAGGCAGAAAAGCGAGGAGGAACUUCCAUUUGGCUCUCCUGUGAGGAGGCUUUACUCAGCAGCAGCAGACUCUUAGGCUGGCGUGAAUAAUUGAGCAUGUGUGGGAUACACGGUCCUCGCAGCAGGGUUUCACCUGACAUUGUGGUGGGGGGACGGCAUGGAGAUUAUAACCUCACUUGGAGGCUUUUGAGUGUUGUAUCAGAGAGAGCAAGGAGCCUCCAGGCAGGCGGAGGAGCUGUCAGAGAGUCUCAGAAUAAAAUUAGCUCCAUUUAAAAUAUUCAAAGGACCACGUCGGCAGGGGCAGGAACUGGUAAUAAAAUACAGUCCAGGGAGAAGAGUUUGAGGGAUAGAUGCAGCAACUCGAGGUUUAUCCGCCCACAAAACACUGCACGGUUUCAACACAGUAAAGAGAACCUUGAAAAGAGUAGUCAGAGGGUCUCUUUGGACACGGUACAUGAAAAAACAGAAUAAACAGAAGUACCUCUCUUUAGCGACAGUAUUUUGUUGUUUGAUGGUGAGUUUAAUGAGAGCUACAGGAGAGCUGGCAGCUGGUAAAGGGCUGACUAGCGGGCUGGUUGUGGCAGACUGGAGGGGGGCUGAACUUUGGCGAUGGUGGCGCUCUUUAAGAACCCUUGAAGUGAAGGGUUGAUAUGAGGCGCUGAGUCUGGCACUGAUCUGAGCACAAGGGGAAAAAUAAGAGGAGAAAAACUCUGUUUAUGACUUUGUAGAGACUGAUGCAAUAAUCUUGUUUAAUUAGGGUUUCCCUUACACAGAUAUUUUAAAAAAGUAGUUUCUUCUCUGUGAUUUGACCUCUUGUCCUCUCAUAAACACAGUUUAAGUUAAGUGAAAACUGAGGUUUUCCAAAAUCGUAUCAAACACUUACUCAUUCACUUGCUGAGCUGAUUCUGACACUGUUGCCUCUCUUUCACAGAUGAGCACAUUUAUAUUUACUUGAUUAGGUUUGCAGCCUUUUCUGUGUGAUAGAGUGUUUGUGCUGUGUUUCCCUGAGGAUAAAUAUUUGAUUUAAUAUUUUUUUCUGACACCAGUGGGGGUUGUCUCUAUUUACGGCCAAGUGCCACUUGAGGUUGAGUCAGAUUUGAUUUGAUUGCUUCUGUAAAUUUGAACGGAAAGGAAGAAUAUUUUAACUUGUAAGUGAAUGCAAAAUGUGAUUUCUUUUCUGCACAGAUUGUGUAAUUUCAUCUAAAGAAAACCAUUUCUUUUGUGUCUCCUGCAGAAGUUCUUAUGGAUUCAACAACAGCAACAGCAGAGCUGGGCUGGACCAUCUACCCGUCACAGGGGGUGAGUGGAACACACCAAGACUCAAAUAUUAGCAAACUAUGAAGGUUUCUAUUAUUCACGUCUUUCCUAAAGUUGGAUGUGUUUGAAUCUGAAGCACUUAAUUUAAAAAAAGGGAAGUGCUCCUUUGGUGGGACGGCUACCCACUCAGUGACAUCUGAAACAUGACAUGAGGCUGCAGCCAGACAUGUAUGUGUGCAUGAUCUAUAUGUGCUGCACAUUAUAGAGCACAAACAUAAAUAAUCAAUGUUACAGAUGCACGAUAUACAGGAUGAGAUGUCUUUCUGUGAGCAUCACUUCACUCAGAGACAGUCGGCUCCAGCUGACAGUCUCCACAGUUUACCCAUAUCAACGCAUCAAACGUUGUAUCUGCGUGACAGAGGACAGUUUGUUAUAGCGAUGCAGAACCUUUUAAGGACUCUGUUAAGACGGAUGUGGUGCAGGUUUCAGCCUUUUGUUACUCAUGCAUUUAUUUAUGUCUGUUCUGUUUGUUCAUUUACUUUAAGCAGUAAUGAACUUAAGAGACUUCCGCUGUAAAUAGCCAGAAAUCACAUGAGCUGAGUGUGUUUGUGAGACAACCCAGAGCUCCGCGCUCAGUCUCUUUAGUUUCUUUGUGAUUUGCAUGUUUUAAAGAACAGUUGUAAAGCUUUGGUGAGAUGUAGAUUUUCUCACCUUUAAACAUCUAUACAACAGUGUAUGUGUCUCGUGUGAAAACAGACAUAGCAAAGAGUGGGGUGACCAUACUACAAGACACUACUACAAGGGGUGGAGUUGCAUUUAGUAAAUUUUAAGGGCUCUUCAGGUUGGCUCAAGUGUUUUUUACAUGCUUCUAACUCAGUCCACACUACACAAACUCAAAACUUUCAUACAAAACCCUUGACAUUUGAAGGAUUUUAUAAACUCCCCCAGACAAGGCUGGACAGCCCCCAAAAAGUGGACACGGGUAAAAGAGGACGUAACACAGAGCAACCUUUGCUGGUGAGGCUACUUAAUUCCUAUCAACAGCUGAGAUCCAAGCGGGGGUCCAAUUUCCAACAGAGCAUGCGGUAAUAAAGGUCCAACUGGGCACAGGUUUGCAGAAGGCCACUGUGUCUGCAUCCAGGUCCUCAUCAAUGACUCAGCAAAGUGUAGUUAACAUUAGCAGAGCCAGCACCACCAGCCGUCAGUCUUCCUUGCAGGUUAAGGCCCUUGUUUCUGGGCUGGUUACACUUGCUCUGGCUGAGCAAAGUGUAUUUUCUUCUCAAAGUGUGUUUUCUUGAUGAAAAAACUGACAGACCACUUGUGUCAUCUGUGUUUGUUUUCAUCCGGGUAGUAGAGCAUUACAGCAUUCCAGUAGUAUGACAUUGCCCAUAACCAGAGGUAGCAGCAGGAGGCUUUGUUACAGCUCAGACACAACAUAUGUCCAGUAACAAAAAUAUGAAUGAAUACAGACACAGACAGAUCAGCAGAAUGAAAUUUCAGUUUUGCGAAUCAGAUGUGGUGUACCAUGAGACCUUUUAAGAGACAAAGACAAACUUUAUUUUAUCAUCCGAGGUGUUGUCCUUAAAAGAAAUGAUACUCUAGAGCAGGUUUCUUAUGAAUGGCUGAAUCAUUGGUUUUCUUCUCUGUCUGCUCUCUAGUGGGAGGAAGUCAGCGGCUAUGAUGAAAACAUGAACACCAUCCGAACAUACCAGGUGUGCAAUGUCUUUGACAGCAGCCAGAACAACUGGGUCCGCACCAAAUACAUCCGCCGCCGUGGAGCCCAGCGUAUUCAUGUUCAGAUGAAGUUCUCAGUACGUGACUGCAGCUCUAUACCCAAUGUCCCCGGCUCCUGCAAAGAGACCUUCAACCUCUAUUACUACGAGUCUGACUCGGACACAGCUACAAAAACGUCCCCGUCUUGGAUGGAGAACCCCUGGGUGAAGGUGGACACUAUAGCCGCUGAUGAGAGUUUCUCUCAGGUGGAUCUCGGUGGGCGGAUCAUGAAGAUCAACAGUGAGGUCCGUAGUUUUGGACCUGUUUCUCGGAACGGCUUCUACCUGGCUUUCCAGGAUUAUGGCGCCUGCAUGUCACUCAUAGCGGUCCGAGUCUUCUACAGGAAAUGUCCUCGAGUGAUCCAGAAUGGAGCAGUCUUUCCUGAGACUCUCUCUGGAGCAGAGAGCACCUCUCUGGUGGCGGCAAGAGGAGUUUGUGUCCCUAAUGGGGAGGAAGUGGAUGUUCCCAUUAAACUUUACUGUAACGGAGACGGAGAGUGGAUGGUUCCGAUCGGGCGCUGUAUGUGCAAAGCUGGGUACGAGGCAGUGGACAACGGUACCGUCUGCAGAGGUAAGAUGCCCCCUACAGCUGCUCUGUAGUUUUUACUUUGUUUACUUCUCUUGAAUGCCCACAUCAGCAUAUCUGUGCCAGAGUGGAUAAGCUUCUUACCUGUUUGUGCUAGAAGCAGAAGGUCUGGUUCCUUAACACUGAGGAUUUUAGGCCAGAUUCAGGGCCAGACCUGGCACCCCAAUGAUCAACAGUGUUAAGCAGGUUUGAUCCAAGUUUAAAGAGAUGUCCACGCAGUAUCCUGUUACUCUACUUCUUAAGAACAAAGCGGUACAACAAAUAGCUGCCUUUCAGUAAUUUGCUCUGCAGUUUCACUGAAAUAAAAGGGAAAUUUAGUUGGUGCUUUCAACCCGAUUUAAUUGUCAAAAGAUGGUACAAAGAGCUGGUGGAGGUCCGGCUGUCCAGUUUGGGAAUCACUGGUCUUCCAGAUUAUUAGUAAAGCUUUGUCACAUCAUCUCCUUGAACAUGAUUCCCUUCUCUGGGUAGAUUUGUCUGUUUGCCCAUAUUAAAAGGAUGUUUCAGUAUUUUUGAAGUGAGGCUGUUUAAGUUUUUUUCUGGUCAGUUUGGCCUUUCUACUGAGAAACUGCUGGUAGAAAAAGGACAUAAGAUAUGUUACAAUUUUCUGGGGACAGGGCCGACUGUAUUACAUAAUUUAGCUGUUUUCUGAAAGAAUCUGACUCAAGUGCUCCUCCAUGUAGCGGGAUCAGCUAAUCAGGUCUAUAUUGUUCAAGGCAGUGAUAUAUUUUGGAUUGAGACAUUUUUGCAUCUCAAUUUUAUGUGAUGUCAAGAACCCAGUGUCUAAGAUCACCUGGCAGACAUGGUGAUGACUUUAAAGGUUGUUGUUUUAGCUCAGUCUUCCCCUUCAACAGCUAACGCUGUGUAUUUUGAUCAGGUACACAUAUCCAGUGGACUCUGGUUGGUGAUGGUUGCAGGCUGCAGUCUUGUGUGAACAGCUGCUGUAUUUGGAUUCCCAAAGAUCCAAAGGUGCUGUUCGUACCAGGUCUAACUCUUGACAAACAGGAGUUUUCUCUGUUUGUGGGCAUAAACUCACAGUUUUCUGAACCACCAGGUAACCUGGGAUCUGUCCUGUUCUCCAGGUUUCUUCGCUUUUUUCUUCUGUGGAUUGAACUUAUUUUUCCGGCGUAAACUCUGCUUUACAUACUAACAGGAUGUUAUCGGUGCUUUCAGAAUCACUCAUACCCUGCAAGGUCUUUUUAUUUCACACAAGGGUCAGCUUUUUUCUCCUGGGCUGAGACCCAGCCUUAUUUGACCCAUCUGUCUGCCCCAACCCGAGCAGAUUAACAGGUUAAAGGCUGCAUCAUCUCACUGUUUGAGAUGCAAAGAGCUGUGAAAAAGCUUUAAAGACUUGUGAAUGAGUCUGAGCCACUCUGUCAUUGGAUCCAUGAUGUAAGUGACUGGGAAUGUGGCACACACAUGCUGAGAUGAUUGCAGAGACAUGGCUCUGUGAAAAAACAAACAAAAUGUAGGCUCCUUUUGUUUUUGGAGCCUGAAUGUGAAUAAAAUUAAAAUGAUCAAUAUUUGUACUGAAAUAUUUUGGAACACUUGAGAUAAUGCUCCAGCAGACUCUACAACUGUCCAUCCGUUAUGCAUUUUACAGGCAUCGACAUGAUUCAGAUUCACUUGUUUUGAGGACCUCCAGACCGUAUCGUGAGUUCCUGCCAGAUGUGCAUGGUUUUCCUGGUAUUAAAGUCCCCAAUCUGAUCCAUAUCAUUAAUCCUGAUCGGAUCCUAUACUGUGUCUUGGCUGAGAGAGGACUUUACAUGUGAUGUGAUCCUCUUUAACACAACACAGGACAAAACAUAGCUUGAUGCUCUGUAGAUAAAGGUCAAAGGAUUUUCCAUCUAUACUCUCUCAGACCUCCACAGCCGAAUUAUCCGUGCAUUGCAUCGUUGGAUUAGGCUUUGCAGCUAAGUUGGAUGUGUCCAAUGAGAUGUAUUUAUGGUCCCUUCCUUGUAAAUGUGUGCUCAUGGACUUAUGGGUCAAAGUUGAUGAUGUCUGUUUGUAUGGCCACUUUUUAGUCAUGCACUCUACAUUAUUUAAGCACCAUGCUCAUCUCAGUGUUUAGAUGUAUUUGAAUUUCCUGUCAUCGGGGUAUAUGCAGUAGAAAAACUGGCUGUUUUAAAUUGACAACUUUAUCACUUUUUAUAAGAUAAAUUUUAUAAACUGCCUGUUUAUUAGUUUGAACCAACAGCAGAGUCAUGUAUGCACUAAACUGAACACUCUCUUGCAGGCAGAAACCUUGAGCAGAACCAGACUUAUGUUAGACAGCCAUCUUCUGCUACUGCAUUGAGUUUAGAGAGGAAAUAGAGGGAGACGCAGAAAGAGAGAGAUAAACGGAGGGGAGACUGAUGCUUGUAGUUGAAGCAGCUGGACAGCAGGCAGGUUCAUGGCAGUAGAACAUCUGCAGCAGCGAUCCAGAGGAACCUACGAGAUGAUGGAGCUGAGGGACUCCCAGAAAAGACUAAUGUGUGUUAGUGACUCUAAUGGGACAUGAUCAUUCAAAGUUGAUGAUACAAACAGAAAGAGGAUGGAGAAGAAGAGAACGGUACCUCCCGGUAUUAAGACUUCACCUUCAUAUCGUAUCAUAUCGUACAGUACUUUAAUAUCAAAAGGGACCUGUUUAACUGUCAAAUACUGAUAUAUGGCAGACAAGAUAAUGCUCACGUAACUCAUCUUGCACUGUUAAUGGAGUGCAAAUUUUGAGAGGGUGGGUGUUCAUGUUCUCCGUACUCCUCUGGUUGAGAUCACUGAGAGGAAGUGUGGUACUCUAAAAAAUUUAAGCUGUAUGUGACCCAUCCUGUCAUCAGUCAGUACUUAUUGGUUACAAGCCCCUCAGGAUUGUCACUUUAAUGGUAACUGUACUGAAGUCACCCCUCUAGGCACACACAUGAACACCCGUGUACUGUCAUCUUGGUUGUUUUUUAGAGGUGGGCUAAACACUGAUGUGUCCUGACAGUCCUCGUACGCUCUCUCCCAAUUAAAUCAGUAUCGUCAUAACUAACAGAUGUCUCCUCCCAAGAUGUACCGUGUAGUUAGUUUUACUGAUGGCUCUGGGCAAAGGGCGGAAAAUCGAAUGUGAAUUCAACCAUGACCUACCUGGAGCCAAAAUCUUAAAGGACUAGUUCAGCAUUUUGGAGAAUGUGGCUCUAAUUUAUGUAUGCAGACACAUGUUUAACCCUGCAGUUCAUGUUCUCCCAAGGAAUUAAAGUCAAUUAUUGUAUCCGCAGAUGUGAAAAUUUCUGCAGAUAAAAUUAUCGGCCAAGAAGGUGAAGCAUCAACUUGACAGCUUAUGCAUGUUGGUUGCAUAGUUGAGUAUUUAAAUGUUGGAAACAGGCAGCAGAUGGAUUUCUGAAUGUCUGUUUCUAAGUGGGUAUCUAUCAGUAUCAAUACCGGCCAGAGUUUUAAAAUAUCAGCAUAUGGCAAAAAGCCAGUAUCAUUCAUGGCUGCAGGAAGUAAAGGUGUAAGAAAACAAAGAGGUGGAGCAGAAAAGGUCAGAGAGAAAAAAAAACCUUGACGCUGAUUCUGCAAGAUGUUUGAAGAUAACACAUUAAUUAUUCAGAUUUAUCACAUUAUUGUUUCAUGCGAUGGUGCCUAUGCAGAUGGAAAGGUCCAAUUUUGUCCCCCUGCUGUGUCUGUCCUCUCUCUGCCACAUGGUCAUCAGUAUUUGGCAAAGAUGGUUGAAAAAAUGUGCAUCAAAAUUCCCCAAAAAGGAGAGUUUUCCCAACCUUUAACAGUGGAAGGCAUAUAUUGGUUCACUGUACGGAACCGGACCCUUGGUGGGAGCGCAGCAUCAGUGUAACUCAAAACAAGGAGGAAAAACAUUUGUCUAUAAGAUACCAACAGCUACAACCAAACCUUUAAAAUGAUAUGAUCAGGAUCCUGGCACUGAAAUAAAGUUAUCUAAACUUAACACUCAUAAUUUUAAGACAUAGACAUUUUAGUCUGAGGUGGGUCCUGCAGUAAUUUUGGCUUAAAUAGCAGGACUACAAACAAUCAGUGCUGCAAAAUGACUCAACCCAUUAUCUGGAUUUUAGGCCCAUCUGGUCACUCAAUGUGACAAUAUGUCAAGCAUUAUCACUGAUGGCUCAGUCGUCCAGUCUGAAAAUAUUAAAGCUCUGCACGCAAUGAAAGGCCUCCACAGAGUUAAAGAGGCUGAAAGAGAUCAGCUUAGGGCUGGAGGACGGUCCCUUUCAGACUUUAGGAUAAUGUUAAUUCAAACAAAAGAGAUGUGAGACUUAAAUUAUAACAGCAGGGGGUUAGAAAAAUGUUAUUCAUAUAAAACCAAGUUCAUUGACCUGGAAAGAUAAAGGCUGAAUACAUACAUAAUAAAUUUCUUUGUCUGAGGACUCCUUUUCUAAAUAAAAGUGCAGACUUAAAAAUCUGUUAGAGAACAAAAAUGAUACUGAAGUUUGAGGAUGCUCAAGAAAAAAAAAAGAAUUAUUUUUAAUGUGCAGGACUUUAUAUGGUAUCUUUGGGUGUUCUUGCAGGACUGCAAAAGAAAUAGAAUUUUCACCCUCAGACAUGCAUUUAAACUCAGAGUUUACUUUGUAAAUUAAUUCUGUUAAAUGAUUUCAGUUGACUACACUAAUAUCCAGAAGACCAUGUCGUUAAUAUUGUACCCAGAGGAAUAUAUUUUAGUCUGUAUGAUUUGAGCAGAUUGAUAUUUAAUUUUUCCCUAAUUUUAUUAAUGCUUUAAAAAAAAAAAAAUCUUUAAAACCACGGCCUUGCUUUUCUCUAAAUCACCCUCAGAUAACCUCUUUGUUCAUAAAUCGGCUUCAGUUUAGCAGCUCAGUCAGUGGUCACAGGAACUGUUUCCUGGAGAAGAACCAGUUCACCCCCUGGCAUUGCUGAAGUACUCUUGAGCUUUGGAUCAAACCCCAUACUUGACGGUUGCAUCUGGUCAUGUGUAUCCUCCCCAUGUCUGUAGGCUCCUGUUUGAGUAUUUACAGCUCCUGUGUGGGUGAAAACAUGAAUUCCCCUCAGAGAUAAACAAAGUACGUCUUCAUUUUCAUCAUCAUCUUCUCUGAGCGAAGCUGGCGGCAUUGUGCAAUCGGCCAAAUGGUAUUCAGAUGACCCAUGUAUGGAGGGGUUAAUCUGACAGGUCAAAUGUUUACAUGAUGACAAUGAUGUGUUUACAGGGUAUGUGUCAUGUCAUGUGAUGGAUAGAUAUAUGAUUAACUGUGUACCCCUAAUGUGAAUUAACCAUGACUGACGGUUUCUUUAUGCAGCAGUUAAAGAGCUCAUUGACAUUCAUACAUCAUUAAUAUAAGGUAAUGGCUGUAAAACUGGAUACUAUAGCGGCCGAAAAGGGCAGAUGAUCUGCAGCAACCUGAACAACCUUCAUUUAAAGAAAUGUGCUGCAAAAGCGCAAAAAAUGAAUUAUAUUAAACAUGAAAUUAUACUUAAACAAAGUCUUUAUUGUGUUGUAAAUGUAAAUACCAAAACCAUUUAUCAUUUAGAGGCAGGCCUCAUCCAGAAAACCCAACACAACGCCCCAACAAGUGUCCCGUAUUGCAAAAAAAAUAAAACUAGCUAUAAGUCUACUAAAAAUUAACCAAGACUGAACAUUUUCUAAAGAUAAAAACUAAGAUCAACUCACAAAGCAUGAAUUAGUUUCUCUAAGUGAAACUGAAAGUAAAUAAAAUAUGUUAUGAAGAUAAAUUCAAACUCUGUGGGGUUUUGUUAAUUAAAAAGAAAAAAAUAAGUCAGCUGUGAAGUCAGUCAGCUGUUAACAGUUUCCUUACAGCUGACAGCGAAGACUUAGACGUAUUAAAGAUGAAUGAUAUUGAAUUAUGAAAAAUCUGUAAUACAAAAAGAGAUCUAUUAUUCUGCACUGAAAAAAAAAAAAACUUGCUAAGUAUUAGAUUUUGACUCAGAAGAUUUUUAUUUUUUUGAAAUAGCUACACUGAUAGGACAAGGCAUUACAAGAUGUUACCCGGCGUAAAAAAAGACUGAAUUGAUUGUAAUGAAUAAUAAUUAAAGAUACAUGACAUGGAUUUUUUUAAACCUUGUGUUGAUGAAUGGUUCUCUUUCUGUUGGGUUAAAAUAGGGAUGCAACCUUAAAGUAUUGCUGAAGGUCGGUAUAUGAUAUAAAAAUAUCAACACUGAUUUAUUGAUUCCUUGUUUUUUUUUUUGUUUUUUUUUUUAAAGAGAAGUUCCCCCUUUAAAUUAAUACAACCAAUGCAUUUUUUCUAAAUUGUACUUUUUGCAGCAGCAUAAAGGAUAAAACUUGCUGAUUUGCAAAACUUAAGAACAUUCAGAGGUCCUCAAAUUGUGAAACGUGUUGGACAUCACUACAUGGAGCAGGCUGAUAAAAAUACACCAAGGCUGAAAUGACUAAAUAAUGUGGAAUUACCACAAAAAUAAAUAAAUAAAUAAAGAUUAAAGAAAGGAAAAGAAAUAGCUGAACAGAAAAGGACUCACAGUUUCCAUUUUUCUGCAUGCUUGUUCUUCUUGAGAAGAAUGAGCCUGUCAACGUGGUCAGGCGUCUGUAAGACACACAGUUUGGUCGUAAUGGGUUUGCCAACUCUGAUGUUGCUGGUAUGCAGAGAUACUGGUAUGCCUGUUUGAGAAAUUUCUCUGCAUGUGGUGCACUGCCUUAGCCCUGCUCUGCAACACUUUAAAAUCUUAUAUUGGGAUUUGUAAUGUUAAUCUGAUUUACAUUAAGUGAAGAGAGAUUUUAACUAAAAAUUUGACAAUAUACAUUUGUAAAAUUAGAGGUUUUUCAGUGUGAAUGGAAAUCAUUUUACCCUGAUUCUAGUCAUUAUAAUGAUAGCAACCAUCCAUGAUGUUCACAUUAGAUAAGAAUAGAAAUGUAAUGAAUUUCAGUCCUCGUGUAACAAACUCUUCCUUUGGGGAAUAAAAUGUUCCUAUAUUUGAAGUCAGUCUUUGCCAUCAGAGACUCAUACAGAGAGAAAAAAAGAUGCUUAUUAAAAACUAAAGCUCUCCACUUAUUUUUUCCAUCAUUCCUCCCUCUCUUGUCAUGUAAAAUCUCUGACCGUCUCCUCCGCUCCACAUGUUCUGACAUGUUUCACAAGCCUGUGGACAACAGAUCUGACAGGAUCUGAAGGAGUCCCAGUGCAUGUCACUUCGAUGAGAUGACCUUUGUGAAAUGCAGACGUCAUGAAUAAACAGGCUCAGUGGGGAAAAUGUGAGAAGAAAAAGCUUGGACACAGUUUUCCAGGCUCUGACUAAUACUGGCACUGAUGGCAGACAAAAAAGAAGAAAGCUUUUUUUAAUUUCCUAAUGUCUGUUAAAGCUCAUUGCUUGAACAUUCUCUGUUUUUCUGUCCUUUCUCUUUCUCUUCCCUCUGUGCCCCCCACACCUCCUCCAUUUUUGAAUUUCUUCCUCACAGCUUGUGCAUCAGGCUUCUUCAAGGCUGCACAGGGAGACCACACAUGUCUGCAGUGCCCCAUUAACAGCAGAACAACCAAUGAGGGAGCCACUAACUGUGUCUGCCGCAACGGAUACUAUCGCACCGACUCCGACCCUCCUCAGAUGCCCUGCACAAGUAUGUACACACACUGUCAGAAACAUCGUAUGACUUUAAGAGACAGCGAUUGAUUUUAUCAGUCCACAUAAGUGUAGCUCUGCCGCAUUUAGUAAGUUACAGCGGAAAGGAAAACCUCGCAGAAACCUCGAGCAGAACCAGACUCAUGUUAGAAAGUCAUCCGCUGAGACUGAGCUGGGUUUAGAGAGGAGAUAGAGGGAGAUGAGGAGACAGAGAGAUGGUCAGAUUGGUGCAUGUAAUUGAAGCAGCUGGAAAGCAGGCAGAUCCACCACAGCAAGGGGUCUGCUGCAGUGAUCCAGAGGAACGGAUGGAGCUCAGGGACUCUCAGAAAAGACUGUGUAUUAGUGACUCUACUGGGACAUGAUGAUUCAAAGUUAAUGACACAGACAGAAAGAAGAGCAGAAGGGAAAGGUGCUCAAUAUGCCAGCAGUUCAAACCUCUAGCAGCAUAACAAAGAGCUGGUCCAUUAUAUGUUAAGUUUACCUUCCCUGCUCUGCUGAGACAGGGAAGCCCUACCUCUGUUUUAGCUGAUUGUAAAUACAGCCUUUGAUUGGUUGACGGACCAUAACAAACAUUGCAUAACAAACAGCCUCCCCUCACCAAAGAGUUGACAGUAUAUCACUAACAGUAGGACAUAAAUCAACACAGAUUUGGUUGAUUUGGAGUGAUUGGAUUCAGUCUCUGCAAAGACUCUGAUUAACAUAAAAUAAAGCUGGCUCUGAUAUAUUAAAAAAUUAUAUUUUACAGUCAUGAGUUAACAUUUCGCAGCUGAUGAACAAACGCCGCAUGUUUGGGAUAAAAGUUGGCUUCACUUAGAUCCUGUUUGCAUGAAUGUAUUUGAAUAAUAUAAAGGUAAAAAAAACACACUUUACAAUCAUUUUAACCAGCUUGAGCAUGAAAAAUACUUAAAUGAGUGUCAGAAUCUGAGGAAAUGGGAUUUAAGAUAAAUUUCUUCUCAAGAAUGUUUGAUAAAUGAGGUCUAUCAAACACAAAGCAUGUAAGAACAUCCAUAAAAUAUACGUACGAGUAUUCAGAGACAGACAGUCGGCUUUUGAAGAGCACAGAUAUGGUGUCAGUAUAGUUUCAAAACUCUGAACUCUGAGGAAGAAAAAAACAGACAGGAUAGGGGUAAAAACUGUCAAUCAAACUAUUUUUAGACAAUUAUCCAGAUCCAGGUCACUGUGACAGCAGACAUCCAUCUCUGCAGUCAUGUCCUCAAGGUCUUUCUGUCCUUUCUGUCAUCUGGUUAUGCGAGUUAAAAACAUCUCAUCGCGUCUUUCUGCACAAGCAGAACUUCAGGCAGUAGAAUAUCUCAGUGGAUAAAUAUCAUUGAUUCUGUUUGCAUCUAAAAGUGACUGUUUGUUCGUCAUUUUACCUGUUUUUCUCCAGUCUCUAAGGUCUGGUCAUCUCUGGUUCUAACAGUCUUUUGAUUCAUGCAUUCCUCAAACAAACAUUACAAUUACAAAAAAAACAUCUCUCUCUUCCAGCUGUCCCGUCAGCUCCACAAAACGUCAUCUCCAUCGUAAACGAGACCUCUCUGAAGCUGGAGUGGAAUCCUCCUCAGGAGGGUGGAGGCCGAGAGGAUGUUGUAUUCAACAUCAUUUGUAAGAGCUGCGGCAGUGGGCGAGGGGGCUGCACCCGCUGUGGAGACAAUGUCCAGUUUGUCCCACGCCAGCUGGGACUGACGGACAGCCGGGUCUACAUCAGCGACCUUCUUGCUCAUACUCAGUACACCUUUGAAAUCCAAGCUGUGAAUGGAGUGUCUGACCAGAGCCCGUACUCACCGCAGUACACGUCUGUCAACAUCACAACCAACCAGGCUGGUGAGAUGAAACCUGAAACUAAACCCUCUCCUUCUGUCGUGAAGUUUAUGCUGUAAAUGUGUCACAGAUAUUAAACAGUUUAGAGUUGCUUAAGUGCUUUAAAAUGAGCUCUAAUGUCUACAAAGUGAUUCAGAAAGACCCAAGGAGUCAAAGGAGUUUGGCGGUUUUGGCUGAUGGAGUGUCUGUUUGUGUUGAUUUGCUCUGACUAUUUCUUCUGAGAUUUUUUCCGUUAACAGUCUGGGUCAAUCUGAGGGCCAAAACAACACUAUUAUUAUAGAGAUUUUAAUGCAACUUUAAAAGUGCUAACUCCUGUUAGUACAGUGGCUCUGAAGGUCAAAUGUACAAACAUUUCAUAAACUUAAAAUACAUUUAACAGAACGUGCAUAUUUCAUAAAUGCAAAACCAGUUUAAAAAAAAACACAAAUAUUUCAUGCAAUGUAGAUAAUUUCACAAAGUGAAAAUCAUAUUCAAUUAAGUGUUUGUGCAGUAGACCCCCAGGGCUUCCUCAGAUCAGUCAUUUAGACCUAAUAAUAUCCACAAUCGGAGGACAUAGUCUAAAAAAACUAGAACUAAUUUUAAAAAUUAUCAAUGAGUUUCCUCAAAGAGGUCAAACAGCCCUUAACCUUCCUCCUUUUAUUUUUGUUUUAGCUCCAUCAGCAGUGUCCAUCAUCCACCAGGUCAGUAGGACCCCCAGCAGCAUCACUCUAUCCUGGUCUCAGCCUGACCAGCCAAACGGGGUCAUCUUGGACUAUGAGCUGCAGUACUAUGAGAAGGUGUGUAGGUGCUGAUGUAAAUGAUGAAUGAAUCUGUUUCCCCUCAGACAAUAUUUUGAUACACAUCUAAAUUUCUGUCUGUGUGUUUCAGAACCAGGCAGAGUGGAACUCAUCUGUCUCGAGGAGUCAGACCAACACCGCCGUUAUUAGAGGCUUGAGGCCUGGAACCAUCUACGUCUUUCAGGUUCGAGCUCGGACUGUGGCUGGAUUUGGACGUUUCAGUGGGAAAAUGUACUUCCAAACCAUGACUGAAGGUAGGACCUAUACCAGGCAUGUCCAAACUAUUCCACAAAGGGCUGUGUGGCUGCAGGUUUUUCUUUCAACCAAUCAAGAGCAGCAGUCUGACCAAUCAGCUGUCUGCAGAAGUCUGGUGAGCGGCUGCUUGGUUGGAAGAAAAACCUGCAGCCACACGGCCCUUUGUGGAACAGUUUUGACAUGCCUUACUAUACCAUGCUCAUCAGCUUAAUCAGCACACCUUGAGUGUCUCCCAAUAAAUCUGGUCUGAAUUUCGACAUAAUCUUGAGUUUCUUUUUCUCCUGUCACCUGCAGAGGAGUAUAACUCCAGUAUCCAGGAGAAGCUCCCUCUCAUCAUAGGGUCAGCUGCUGCAGGAGUCGUCUUCAUCAUUGCCAUCACAGUCUUCAUCAUUGUCUGCCGCAGGUCAGUUAGUAAACAAUAAACAGCUGUUGGUCCAAGAAAAUACUGAACAGUAUCUCUGCUGAUGGUGUCUUUGCUGCAGCUGUCACAGUUAUUUACAGUUCUCAUGAAACAGAAAGUAACAGUAGUGUGUAUGUUAUACAACAUACACGCUGUAACAAACCCAUUUGCCCAUCCAGACAAACUGUUCUGCUAACUUUCUAACACUUUAAGUCCUGAGGUUUACUCUUAGCUUCCAUUCCUGUAGCAUAACACUUAUUUAUCUUGGACAAGUCAAGAAGGUUCCCUAAAUCACCUUCUUCUUGUCUUGACAGUGCAGCUCUCCUUCAGUUUGAUUUAAUUAUUUUAAUUAAUUUUCAAGGCUUAAAAGAGGUUUAUGAGCAUAUGGAUGUCAUUGAUCAACUUUAGCUGAAACCAAACUGCAGCCUUGGGUGGUGAAAAAUGGAGCUAGAGUUAAAGUGCAAAAAACUGCAGUUCUCCAAAAACUCAAGAAGCCCCAUAAACACCCAUGUAAAAAUGUCAGUUUUUAUAGCAGAAUUUAACAUGUUUCCAGCCUGGUGCAAAGAGCUCAGUUUAGGUGGAGUCAGUAUUUCUACCACAGUGACCAGCUUAAAAACACACCUUCAGAAACUGAUGGAUGAGCUGUUUAUUUUUGUCAUUUAAAGGCAAGGCAGGUUUAUUAAAAGAGAACCAUUCAGAGUUUUACAGAAUGAAAGAUAAAACAGUAAGAAGAAGAACUUUGUUGAUCCCUGAAGGGAAAUUCAAUAAUGCUAUUCACUACUGAAAAAAGCAGCGUUUGGAGAACAACAACACUAAGUAUUUAAUACAAAAUAUAAUAAGAUAGAAGCUCAAGGCAGAGAGGGUGAAAGAAAAGAGAAAAUAAAGGAGGGAAAAUAAAUUUUUAAAAAAGUUACACUCUCAGCAAGAGUCCUGACAUCUUUAUUCAUCAAGAGUAAUCACUGAUAGAGUUUUUUUGAGCUGAGCACUUUUUGUGUGUUCAAACAAGAAACAAAGUUAAACACUGAACCAUCAAAUUUUAGACUAGACUUUGAGAAUGAAAGUUCAAAUCUUAUUUUUGCUGAAAGGAGAUAAUGUAUCAUCUAUCAUUUAUCCCACAUGAGGAACAUGGACUGUGCCUACUGCAGCAGCACAGCGAUGGAAUCCUCUCAGCGUACUUUAGCAAAAAUCCCCAAUAUAACUGAAAUUGGAUUGUGUUGUUUAACAUUACUAACACUCCACUGCCUUCAGACUGCUGCCAGCAGGACUGAGGACUCUGGAUCAGAUUCAAGACACAGAACAGCAGUUUAAAACCAAAGUUCUGUCAGAAAUAUCAAAACAAAGGGAAAGGAUGAAACACUGAAACAAGAUCUAAAUCACUUUACAAAUUCACACGGGUCCAGCAGACUGGAAAAAAAGCAUGAGGAGAUGAGACAAGCUGCAAACAGACAAGAGGAGCACAAGACUUAACAAAAACCAAACACCAAACAAAUCCAGAGAAAGAAGUCUUGAUCGGAAACAGAAAAAAGAUCUCUGUGUUCAUAUGAGACAGUCCAAAAUCAAUGUUGACUUUGUGGUUUUCCAUGGUGUUAAUCAGCAGACUGAGUCUCUGUUUCUGUGUGUGUCUUUCAGCAGCAGGAGGAGCUCAGACAGAACAGAGUCAGAGUACACAGACAAACUGCAGCAGCAUUACACCAGCGGUCACAGUAAGUAUUGUUUACACAUGAGACGGUGUGUGAAAACUCAGGAAUACUUUUACUUUAUGGUUUUAUUUUCGUCUGUUUUUGUGGUUAUUUUCUGUUUCAGUUUUUGUGGGUAUAGCUGUUGCUGUCUCUUCUGUCUCUCUGUUGAAGUGUCCCCAGGGAUGAAGAUCUACAUUGACCCCUUUACAUACGAAGACCCCAAUGAAGCUGUCAGGGAGUUCGCCAAGGAGAUCGACAUCUCAUGUGUCAAGAUUGAGCAAGUCAUAGGUGCAGGUAGAGGAAAACUUGGGGACUUUUACUUAAAUUGUGCUGCAACAUGAGCUUAAAUUUAUUUCUGUAACCUUCUGUCUAAAGAGAAAAAAAAAUUUGCAGUUAUAGUUAAGAUAUAUGUGACAAUAAAACUAGAAUGGUGUCUUUGUAAAGCACUAGGGGCUUAAAAAAGUAAGGUCCUUGAUAUGUUUUUAUGCUGUUCCUUUAGAGGAAAACAAAUAUUUCAUGCACCACAUUUGCACCAAAUCAAUGCAAAGACUCAAGACCAGUUCUCCUGACAUGAAUCGUGUGAUAAGAGGAUGGGGAUGCAUGCAAAAGUUGCACUUAGUGUGAAUUUUUCAUGCAUUCCCAUAAAUCUUCUCACCCAUAACAUGAUCUGUUUAUGGUUUAUGUUUUUAAAUUGAAUUUUUCUGAAGAGAUUAAUGCAACGUCUGUUUAAUGCACAGAUUCUGGAGAUGUACUGAAUCACGCACAAACACUCUUGGAGCAAGUUGGACUUUUAGUUUAACUGAUUGAUCUUUAUUUGUUUGUUUAUACAGUCAGACACUUUAAGUAUUCCUGACAUGCAUACCUCCUCAACCUUUAUAAAGCCCUAACCUAUCUCUGGAGUAAUAACCUUACUGAAACAGGAAAAGUGCUGUUUCAUUGCUUUUGCCAAUACAGUCUACUGUCUAAAACACACUCUGGAUCUCAAACAAUACAGUUAAGAGUGCUGAAAGAGCAAACUUUUAAAAAAUGUCACCUCUGCCUCUCAGGAGAGUUUGGGGAGGUCUGCAGUGGAAACCUGCGGCAGCCCGGGAAGAGGGAAAUCCUGGUGGCCAUAAAGACGCUAAAGACAGGCUACACUGAGCGCCAGAGGCGGGACUUCCUGAGUGAAGCAUCCAUCAUGGGCCAGUUUGACCACCCCAACAUUAUCCACCUGGAGGGGGUGGUGACGAAGAGCAACCCUGUGAUGAUCAUCACCGAGUUCAUGGAGAACGGGUCCCUGGACUCUUUUCUCAGGGUAAGAGAGGCAAACCAACAAAUCACAGCAUGUAAUACUUCUUCUGCCACUACACACUGUUUUCAGUGGAAAACACUGACAAGAAAAAUACUUUCAAUGAAAAUAAAACAGUAAAGUAAUGGAGUUAUGACCUAUGAUUGCCAAUUGUAGUUCAUUCUAACCUCUUUUUGGAAACCUCCAAGAUUUACUCAGAAUGGACCUAUUUUCUCUGUCCAUGGUGCUGAAAAUGAGGCUAAAUAGAUGCAAUGAAAAGGGAUUUGCAAUGUUUUCUCUCAGUGACACAUAACAAAUAUAAUGCAUUAUGUAUUUGUGGCAUGUUUGCAAUAACAUUCAGAGGGAGUCAUUAUCCAAAGUCACUGAAAAAAAAUAUUCAAACUACAAAUUUCUCCAGAGAGGAACCGUUUGAGAGGAAAAAAGGAAACACAUUUGGAGAAUCAAAGUGAAACAAAGAUCAUUACAAUAAGUGGAUAAAGUGUGGCUGUGAAUUCAUAGCUUUCAAUAUUCAACAGCUGUGACAAUUUGUCAAAGCUCCGGAAGAAUCUGAAACAAACCAACAGAAACGUUCAGUUUGUUGUUAGUUUUUGUCCUGUUAUGCAGCACAGUCUUCUGCUAUCAUGAUUUUUUCACAAAACAAUCUUGAAUGUGUUUAAUCUUUUUCUUUUUAUCUGAAAGCAAAAUGACGGGCAGUUCACGGUGAUCCAGCUAGUGGGGAUGCUGCGUGGCAUUGCAGCAGGGAUAAAGUACUUGUGUGACAUGAACUACGUCCACCGAGACCUGGCAGCUAGGAACAUCCUGGUCAACAGCAACCUGGUGUGUAAGGUGUCUGACUUUGGUCUGUCACGCUUCCUGGAGGAGGAUACUUCAGACCCCACAUACACCAGCGCUCUGGUGAGUCAUGAUCAGAGACCACAGGGACCCAUUGUGUCUCACACAAUGUUAAGAGUUCUGCUAAAAGCUGCAAAAAGUUUGUGUUCAGGAAUGAAUUUUCAGGAGGUUUUCAAACGGUUGCUGAGAGAGGCAAAGUCAGUCUAUACAAACAUUUGUAGGAGAUGAAGAGGGAACUUUCAGGUUGUUGACCAACACUUUUAUUUUUUCCAGGGAGGAAAGAUUCCCAUCAGAUGGACGGCACCAGAAGCCAUCCAGUACAGGAAGUUCACCUCUUCCAGUGACUGCUGGAGCUAUGGUAUAGUCAUGUGGGAGGUGAUGUCAUAUGGAGAGCGGCCAUACUGGGACAUGAGCAACCAAGAUGUGAGUCAAACCCUGCAAGCUGGGGGUUAAAAUACUAGUACACAUCAAAAAUUGUGGAGCAUACAGUUUAUGAGCUUGCACCUGUUAAUUUUUUGCUCUUGAGGCUAAUUCUGUCAAAUUUAAUCAAUGUCACUGUUUGAUAGUUAAACUUUUUGAAAUUAUAGUAUCUAUGAAAACCAAUUGAAACAGACGCUUCAUGUAUUGGAUUAUAAUUUAGAUGUAUCCCUGCCUUGGCAUCUCAUGUAAGCAGUAGGAGGGCGAGCAGCUCCCAGAACAGAGCUUUACCACCAAGUAUGACUUCCCCGGGGGAAUAAUUGAUAAUUCUUUACAAAAGGAGUCCUGGCUUUGGUUUCUUUCCUGAAUUAGUGUUCUGGUAAAGUCUGGGACUCAAAAUCAGUCUAAUUUGAACUCUUGUAGGUUAUAAAUGCUAUCGAGCAGGACUACAGGUUGCCUCCCCCCAUGGAUUGUCCCAGCGCGCUGCAUCAGCUGAUGUUGGACUGCUGGCAGAAGGACCGCAACAAUCGGCCCAAAUUCAGCCAGAUCGUCAGCACCCUGGACAAGAUGAUACGCAAUCCCAACACCCUCAAGGCCAUGACACCGCUGUCGUCAAGGUAUGACAAUGGACGUUAAGUCCUUCAAACCCUCCUGAAAUCAUAUCUCACACAGGCUGAUUUUCUUUCUUCUUUUGUUUUCUUUCUGUCUACCAGUGUCCACUUACCUCUGCUGGACCGAAGUACUCCAGACUUCUCCUCAUUCACUACGGUAGACGAAUGGCUGGAGGCCAUCAAGAUGGGACAGUACAAGGAGAACUUUACCAACGAAGGCUUCACCAGCUUUGACGUGGUGUCUCAAAUGACCAUGGAGUAUGUUGGACUGAUUUUAAUUUUCGAGCUGUAAAGGAGACAGAUCACAGAGAAAAAGAUGAUCAUCAUAAACCUGCUUUAUUGGUUUUUAAACUGCAGAACAACAAAUGAAAGUAGUGCAUAGCUAGUGUCUUUUUGACAACAUCACAACACAAGAGACCACUAUAUAAAUAUAGAUCUCAUCUUCUUUCUAAAAACAGAUGAUGAGUUUUGACAGUUUUGUCAGCUUUGAUUUUAAAACUUGAAGCAGAUUUUUUUUAUUUAGGGAUUCAAGCAUACAUCCAGGGGGGUCUUCAAUCAAUUUUUGGUUUUGUUGCAGACUUAUCUUGAACUGACUGAUGGGUUUUCUCCUCAGGGACAUCCUCAGAGUGGGAGUGACGCUUGCCGGCCACCAGAAGAAGAUCCUCAACAGCAUCCAGUCUAUGAGGGCCCAGAUGAACCAGAUCACUUCUGUGGAGGUGUGAUCCAAGGAGCACACACCUGCUCUGUUUACAGAAGGGAAAAUAAAGGGGCCAUUAUCCCUGCAUCCUCCUGGAGCCUCUGAAGAGGGCUAAAGACCUCCACACAGACUCAAACUUAAGUGAGACCUCAGGACUCCAUCCCUCCCUGUUAACUCUUCCCAGAAGGUUCCAACAGUCUGCAGCACAGCACAGGUGUUUGGUCGAUCUCUUUUAGCUGCUGUUUGUCCAGGUAACAGUCAUGAGCUUGGCCUUCAAACUACUCCAUCCAUGCCUUUUUCAGCCUAAAACCAAUACUUUGCUUUACAAUCACUAAGCCUCAGUGAAAUUGAAGUUUUCAAAUUGGCCUUACACUUUAAAUUCUGUAUGAGGCAUGCUGUUAUAAAUGACAAUGUUUGAAAAUGAAAAAGGGAGACAAAAUUAUUUAGGCAAGCUAUAUUAUUAGCUCAAAGCUGGAAGAAACCAUUGCUUUCAAUAGAGAAUUUAUCUUCUAGUACUGCUUGUAGGUGCUUUCUGAUGGCUGGCUUUUGCUGCUAAAACAACGGACUGGUGGUUAUCUUUUAAAAAUUUGUCUUGGGGCAACAGGGCACAGUGCUGGAGCCCAGGUUGUUUUGGUUAACUGAGAAAAGAUCAGAUUCAUUUUAUUAAUGCAAGAAAAAAGAUCCCACAUAAUUUUUUAAUAAAGCACCUUGACCAGAGUUCACUGAGCUGCUCAAACUACUUUGAGUGUGCUCAUGUUAUUACAAACAUUGUUAGACAUGACAGACUUUUGGUUCUGCUUCAGAUUUUACAGGGCCUACAAUAUACUCACCAAAACACUCCUAUGUAAAACAGACCACAUUAAAAGUAGACCAAUAUGUCAUGACAUGUCAGAUACAUCGUGUGGUAUCAUGACAGAUGUGAUACCACACAAUACAAAAAGAUACUAUUCGUUACCAUGAGAAGACGCGUGAUGGCACAACAUAUUACAUGCUAAUUCACAAUACGAUAAGAAACCAUUGGAUACUAAAUGAUGCAAUGCAAGCUGAUACAACCUGACAUGUCAUGACAUGAUAAUGAAAGUUGGCUCAAGUCAAGUGUUGCGCUCACUGUAAAUUCAUUGAUUGGUAUCAUAUAACUAGGCAUGUUAUGACACCAUAUAAUUAGUAAUGACAAGACAUAACAUAAUACAAAGAGAUGCCAACAGGAAUUAGCAGCAUGUAAACCAGGAGUUCAGCUCUGUCCUUUAGGUUGCUACCUGAAGUUUGCAGGUAAAGACUGUAUCAGUAAGAGCCGGCUUGUCAGAGGCCCCUGACUUUCAGUCCAGAAAGACUGAAAGAUCUUGUUCUCCUCUGAGAUAAAACAAAGUAUUGUGUUUACAGGUCAGGUUUGGCACAUUGGUUUUCCAGCUGAGCUCAGUUUGACUCCAGUUAACAUUUCAUAACCAUUCCUCGGACGCUGUUUUCAUCAGGUUUUGCACACUGUGGUUAUUGACCAGCAGACUGGAAUGACAUGUAGAGAUUUGCCCUUUAAAAGGGCCCUUUUAAAAGGUCACCAGUUUCUUUAAAGCCUGUGCUGUCAGAAGCUGCAGACGCUGUUUUGAUGGUGAACAGACAUCCAAGAGGAAUCGAAGAACCACGUUGCUCCUGUCCACCUGCAGACUUCCAAAAUGGCCUCCUUAAUGAACCCUGUGUGGGCUGGUCAUCUGAAAGGUAUUUUUUACACACCUUCUUGCCAACAAAAUGACAUUUUGAACCUUGAACACACCCCAGCCACCUGACAUGGACCAUAUGUAAAUGUUGAUUGGACCAUAUACUGUCUGUCUUUCACUGUGAUCUCACUGUCCUUUUAACUGUGAAGCUGUGUAGAGUCAAAGUGUUAAAGUGUGGGUCAGGGUUUUGGUUAGGACACAAUACACUACAGUCAAAGCUUUCUCAGUGCUGCUACUACACAAAUGUUUUACAUGCAGAGACACCAGUUUAAACACAGUCAUCAUGUUGUACAUAUCAGUAUACUCUGCUUCAUUUUGGCAUUUAAACCAAGAAAACACUGUUUCAUACAGUCUGUUAAACACUCCGAUGAUAACGUGCAAUCUUUGUUUUAGUUGUAAAUUAUCUGUGUUGGUUUGUUUGAUACAGAAUUUUAAGAAAUCCUCGACUAGUGCCCUCAGUGUCCCCUCAACCCCCCCCCCCCCCCCCCCUCUGAUUUAUAAAACUUAGCACAGGUUGUACAAAAGUGUUAAACAUUCACAAAGAAAAGGAUUUAUACCUCACCUUUUGACUGUUUAUAAAGAUGGACGGCAUGUCUCUCCCUUCUUUUAGUGUUAGAGGGUGAAGCCAAAAUACCCUCACAGCCAGAGUGGACAGUAAAAGAGGGUGUCUCUCUGCUGCUUUUGUUAACUUUGACAUAAAUUUAACUUAAAAAUAAAACAUCAAACCUCCCUCAGGUGGGUCUAGUCCACAGCAGAUUCUUGGAUCAUCCUGAACAGAAAACCCAAGGCUAUAAAAAGUUCAAUGAGUCCUGUGUGAAGAUCUUUUUGCACAACUGUUUUUUGUACAAAAUUAUUGCAUAUUUGUGCUCUUACUCUGAACCUUGAUUUCAAAUUUUGGCAUUAAAUGGAAAAAUAACUGCAUUAGACCCAGUGUGCAAGGUUUCCGUGCAAGACAUUUUUGAUGAAAUUACAAUUCUUAAAAAAGUACACACAAAAAGUGUGCAAAGACCUUCAGUGUGUGUUAGGUUUUCCCUUUUAUACCCUGUUAAAUGGGUACCUCUUUGUAAAGCAGAUGGCUAAAAGUAAACUUCUGGAGGAAGUGGGCUUUCUGAUCUAUACUGCAGUCAGUCAGCAGGGGGUGUGCUGGCUGUUUUGGAUCGUUUCUGGAGAGCUAACAUGUUGUCUGUCUUUCUACACGGUCUCAGAUCUCACCCUUAAUGCUCACAGGACUCUUCCUAUGUACUUGUUAAGUGUCAGCAUGCUGAUUAAAAACCGUCACUGCAUUUAUAACAUUGAUGAACAAAGCAUUUAUGAAAAACUUUGAAUAACCCAGCUUGAUUGGGACCACCAUAACCCUUAAAGCCUGUCUCUAGGACUCAGAAUCUCUAUUUUCCUUGUAAAACUGCACUCCCUCCACAUGCCAUUCAGAUAUUUUCCUAUUUAAGAGCAAAGGUCUGUGUCAAGAGAGGCAGUUUCUAGAGGAUGUCCCGAUUGUGUCCCCUGGUAAAAGUGUGAUGCAAUGCUAAGGGGGGCCAUGCAUCACAAAUGCAGACAAAUUAAUAGAUUUCUCAACAGAGACAGAGUCUAAGGACUAAGUCAGGGCUCACAACAUUGAUCAUGCACAUAGAAAUUGAUGCAUAAAAGUCACUUUGCUGAGUAAAAAGGCAUCAAAUCUAUUUUAGAGAUUAGCUGUAUUAUAUGUUUGUGUUUGCUUUCCAAACCAUUUCAAGCAAGUCUUAAAUUCAUUCUGAUAUCUGCAGCUGUGCAAAGAGUUUGAUUGGAUUAGGCUAGCUAAAAGUGCAUGGUUCAUUUUACGCUUUUGCACCUUUUCAGCUCUCAAAUCUUGCAGGCAGGAGCCAUGAAAACAAAUUAUCUGUUGAAGCUGUAAACUCAUUGUGUGUGCAUUAACCCUUUAUGGUUCAGAAUAAUCCAGCUAUGGUGACACUGAAUAUUUCAUGUGCUGUCAGAAAGCACUGAGUUGGGAUUUUAAAGGGAACUCUAAGUCUUCACAGAAACAUUGUCGAUUUAUGUGAAUUUUGAUAACAGUUUAAAAAAAAUUUAAUACAGUUAAAAUAAUUUAAAAUAGUUAUAUAUCAUGGUAAAGAAAGGUGAAAUAUCACCUUGGUUUUUGCGAUGUCUUUGUUUCUCAUAAUCCAUAUUUGGAUAUUAAACAUGUUGAACCUCUUCCUUUUAAUCCACCAGCACAAACACAAGUUUACCCCACAGACUGUUAAAAACGUGUACGCCGACUCUGUGAUGCACAUGAGCUAAAUUGAAAUUGCUGAUACCAACAAAGCUGCAACCACUCUAAAACCGAACAAAGAUAACCUCAAUGUAAACAAAUAUAAUGAACUAAAAAGAAGUCACAGUUGUUGAAACAAAGGCACAAAUCGUUUUUGGACCAGGAUGUAAACAUGUUUAAUUUGACAUUUUAAUGUGGCCGCUCAUGGGGUUUCCUUGGCUUUUGGAGUCUGCCUUAAGUGGACACCAACAGAACUGCAGUUUCAUGCAUUUUGGAAGUUGCCACAUGGGCUACGUUCAGACUGCAGGUUAUGAUGCACAAUUCGGAUUUUUUGUUAAAUCCGAUCUUUUUGUGCGGUUGUUCACAUUACAACAACGAAUGCGGCAUCUAAUGUGAACAGAAUGCGUCUGUGAAGUGACCCAAAUGCGCACAAAGCACAAAUUGCUUUCCGCGCCUGUUUGUGUUGUCGAACAAUGGUGACCUUUGUCGCAUAUUGAUGACAUAUAGGUCUGAUGAACGCGACCUAAGUGUCCACACUGCAGUCACAUCGGAUAUAUAUCCGAUUUAUAUCCACAUGGGUUGGAUCUGAAAAAAUCACAAUCGCACUGUUCACACUUACAUGAAAAUCAUAUAUGUGUCACAUAUGGUUAAAAAAUCGGAAUUGACCUGCAGUGUGAACAUAUCCAUGGAUUACCCAAUCCCUGUGUCUCAUCUGCGAGGGUCCCGGUCACUUUAGUCUAAAUAUCUGCGUAGUAUUAGGAAAAAAAACACCUCCUCUUCCAUUCUUUGGUGUUUGGUUUCUUGUCAUGAUUUGCCUGCUCUCAUUAUUCCUACAUACCCUGAAAAACAAAACACUGGGUGAAUUUUAGGCGAGGUUAAUUGCAUUUAUUUAAUCAACUGCACAAAGUCUGAUUGUUGCACAUAGCAGCACCAUGAAGUCAGUGUUUUGGGUUUGCAGAAAUACAUUGAACUUCCAAACACCUUGUUUGGUGUUUUUGAAUACAUGUUUGUGUUUUAAAAAUCUGUAUGUGUUGGACUGUAUGAAAAGUAUUGGACACUGCAAGUUCUGCACACUGUGGCCGCUCUGUCAUAUUUGUGCUGCCACAUGAUGAACAUGGUUCAAAAGGUGCUUCCACAUUUCUCAUUUUGUGGCUCAAAUUAUUCCAUUGACAUCAUUUGAUGUUUCAUAAAUAUUCAGAUUUUUUAUACCGGUCUGCACUAAUAUGUCAUACUGUGUGUGGCAUUGUUGUGAAAAUGGUCCUAAACGUUUUACAGCUGCACAAAGACACUGAACGGUUCUGUACAUAUGCAUGGUGUGCACAUUACAGUGUUGGGACACAUAGGGAACAGUGUCACUGUUAAACGCUGCUUUUGAAACUGUGUAAAAUUUAUUAUGGUGAAUCUAGUCUCUUUAAAUUGCUUUGUAAAACAGUUGCAACUACCGUCCCACAAAAGUUAGUAGUAAAUCACUUUAUAUGCCAAAACUCUGUUUAAAAAAAUAAAGACUUUAACAUUUAAGUUGAAACAAUGACGAUUUUAAACUUCAGUAUUAGUACCAGAUUUUUCUCUUUUGACUUUAUGCUCAAUAUUUUAACCCCUAAAUUUAAACUUCUUUAUAACAAAAACAAAUUUAAAAGCUCCCCCUCACCAAAUUCACACCCCCUCCCUUCUCCUCUGUUCCAUCCAGAACCUGUAAGACAACAAAUUGAAUAUUUAAGCUCUUUUGUGCAGAAUAAAUCUCACUUUUUGAAACAGUCACCAUGUGAGAUUUGAGCUGAACUUCUGUCAGUCCACAUUUAUGCUCCCCUGUAUGCAGGGUGGUUCAGAAACCCAGAGACCAGGAUUGAUCUUACUUGAAUACGACCCCUUUAUGUACAGUUUAAGAUGACCACUAAAUGUAGUUUGUAAUUGUCUCAGUGUGUGUGUGCGCACUGUGCUACAUCUGCUUCAGGUCUCACAGCGAGCUGAAAUGUUCCUGAUUCUGGCUGUAGGGUUUAUUUUGAAUGCAGGGAUCACCAUGCUGCACACUGUGCUCUCCAGACGAUAUUAUUCAUCUCCUGGGAGUGUUUUUGAAAUUCCCGUUUCGGCCACUAGAGGCUGACAUGCUCCUCAGUCACACACUCUUGAUACUGUAUGUCAGUGAGUUCUCUCCACCUUUCCCAGUAUUUCAUUUUGACAUAAAUGUGUUUUACUGCACAGAGAAAUGAGAACAUAAAAGACAUGAAUGCCUUUAAGAGUACAGCAGCCUCCUGUGGUGAGGACAAGAGUUACAAGAACUAACUUCUUUCUUUCCAUGUCAAAGCUGAUUUUUUCCACCAGCUUUUACUAAAGAGGUGCUAAAGAAAUCAGGAAAGAAGCCUGGCGCUGGGUUUUCUUUUCUUUUUUUUUUUAAGGAAAAAUUUGUUGCUUUAAUUACAAAAAAUGUUAUACUUGUGAAAAGAUGUUUGAGAUUAAAUUGGGUAAACUGAUCACCAGAUUUUUCCACCUUCCUUUUAGGACUUCUGUAGUUUUAAUUCUCUGCAAAAUAAAAGUGAAAACUUACUCCCAGAAUCAGAUAUCUCAGCUUCAUGCUCCUGUUCCCUUUACUGCACAACCUUUCUCUGUGGUGACCCUGAAAACCUUCCUGCUCUGUGUGAACAGCUGAUAUUGUAAAGAUAUUUUCUGAACCCUUUUCUUGGUCCAAAGCACACAAAGGGACUCAGGGGUCAGCCUUCGAUCCUUCAGGGGUCCCCCUCACAGCCAAACACACCUCUUUCCUCAACCCGACCACUGUGAUCUCACUGGGUUUUUGUUUUUUUCUAUUGUUCAGUUUUUCUGUAUAAAUGUAUAUUUGAUGGUAUACUUGUGAAUGAUGUAUCAAUUUUAAUUAUUUGUACUACUGUUAUUGUUUUAUUUUGUACAAAACGAGAAAAUGAAAAGAAAAGAAAGCAAAAGAAAACACAACAAACUCAGUUUUGUAGCAACUGUCUUCAAUAAAAAAAAAACUGAACAUGCAGUAAA